GUUGAAGCAUUCCCAGCCUCGCCUCGGGUGGAGGGAUUGCACGGAGGGAAAGCAAAACUACACUGUCAGUGUACUGUGUAGUUUUGUUUCAUCAGAAGGGGGGGAUUUGGAGGCUCGACUGUUCUCACCUUGGAUUUUUCUGGGCGAAUCUUUCUGGAUAAGGAGACUGUUUCCUGUCUGAGUCCCUGGGCUACGUCCCAUCACUUUCAGGCACUCUUGUGGAUACAAGGUGCCGACCAACAUGUCCACACAGGCGCCGACGUUCACGCAGCCGCUCCAGAGCGUCGUGGCACUAGAGGGUAGUGCCGCGACGUUCCAGGCUCAAGUUAGUGGUUCCCCAGUUCCUGAGGUGAGCUGGUUUCGUGAUGGCCAGGUUCUUUCCGCCGCCGCUUUGCCCGGCGUGCAGAUCUCGUUCAGCGACGGCCGCGCUGUUCUGACGAUCCCCGCGGUGACCGCCGCACACAGCGGGAGAUUCUCAGUCAGAGCGACCAACGGAGCCGGGCAGGCCACCAGCACGGCCGAACUCCUCGUCACAGCGGAGACCGCACCCCCGAGCUUCUCCCAGAGGCUGCAGAGCGCCGCGGUGCGACAGGGCAGCCAGGUGAAGCUGGACGUCCGGGUGUCGGGGAUCCCAGCACCGACCGUGAAGUUCUUCAGAGAGGGAGCCGAGAUCCAGAGCUCCGCUGACUUCAGGAUCCUGCAGGACGGAGAGCUGCACAGCCUGCUGAUCGCCGAGGCUUUCCCAGAGGAUUCUGGGAAUUAUUCUGUCACCGCCAGCAACAGCAGCGGGCGCGCAACCUCCACCUGCGAGCUGCUCGUUCAAGGUGAAGAAGCCGUUCCAGCAAAGAAAACCAAGACGGUGAUUUCAACUUCUCAGAUUUCACAGAGCCGUCAGACCAGAGUGGAAAAGAGGAUGGAGGCCAGUUUCCAGGCCACCGCCAUGAUGGAGAUGCAAGUGGAGGGCGCCGAGAUGACUCAGCAGCUCGCUCACAAGACUCCGCCCAGAGUUCCUCCCAAACCCGUGUCCAAGUCCCCUCAGCCAUCGCUGGCGACCAGGGUGGCUGGAGGACGCCAACAGUCGCCGUCACCGGUCAGACAUGUGAAGGCGCCCACGCCCACGCCUGGCAGGCCGGUGAAGUCCGACGCUGACGUCCCGCCGCCCUGGAAGCGGGGAGACUACGUGGCCGAGGCCAGCUACACCAGCAUGACCAGCAUGGCCAGUAUGACCAGUAUGACCAGUAUGACCAGUAUGAGCCGCAGCUCUGUCACCCAGCUGGGCCAGGAGCAGCGCUGGGAGCAGCAGGUCACUGGUGUCAAAGAGGUGUUGGAGGCAGCAGCCGUACCUUCUGCAGGCGGCGCCGUGAUCCCAGCCACGCUGGUGUCGGGUUUGAAGAACACAAAUGUGACGGAGGGCGAGUCGGUGACCCUGGAGUGCCAGAUCAGCGGUCACCCCACCCCCGUCAUCAUGUGGUUCAGAGAGGACUACAAGAUCGAGAGCUCCAUAGAUUUCCAGAUCAUCUACGAGAACGGAUUCGCCCAGCUAGUGAUCCGCGAGGCGUUCGCUGAAGACAGCGGACGCUUCACCUGCACCGCCACAAACGAGGCGGGAACCGUCAGCACUUCCUGCUACCUGCUCGUCCAGGUGUCCGAGGACAUCGAGAGCAGAGAGGAGAUGGCUGUCGUCACCGAACAUGUUGAAACUGCUGAGAAACUAGUAACCGAAGAAGCCAAAGAGGAGACCAUGUCUCAGGUGAGCGCGGCCGAGUCAGAUACUCCGGCCGCCGCUCCCUUCUUCAUCACAAAGCCAACCGUCCAGAAGCUGGUGGAAGGAGGAAGUGUCUUGUUUGAAUGCCAGGUUGGGGGAAGCCCCAAACCACACAUCAUCUGGAAGAAGGGCGGCGUACCGCUCACUACCGGAUACAGAUACAAAGUUGCCUACAAGAAGGAGACUGGAGAAUGCAAGUUAGAGAUCUCCAUGACCUUCGCUGAUGACGCCGGAGAAUACUCCGUCUUUGUGAAGAACCAGCUGGGAGAAGCCUCAGCCUCCGCCAAUCUGCUGGAGGAAGAGGAAUAUGAAGUCUACAUGAAGAAACAGGAAGAAACCUUUAAGACUGAAGUGACAGCCAUGGUGCAGGAGCCCAAAGUGGGAGACCUCCCCCCCGUUGCCGUUACAACAAUGGAGCAGAUAACCACCACCACCAUUAUCUCGGGACAGGAAUUCCAUCUUUCUGCCAUCGAGCUGAGGACCAUCCAGGAGAUUGAAAUCACCAUUAUGAAGAUUACCUACAGAGAUAUUGUGUCUGAGGACGGAGAGCUGAUGGUGACUGCGACCCCCACCGAGGCCAUGCAGCCAACCUUCGACACUCCUGUCAAAAACUACAGGAUCAGGGAAGGGAUGAGCGUCACUUUCCACUGCAAGGUGGCUGGAAUGCCGCUCCCCAAGAUCGCCUGGUUCAAAGACGGCCAGCGUAUCAGGGCCGGUGACCGUUACCAGAUGGAAGUUCUUCAGGAUGGACGAGCCAGUCUUCGUCUGCCUGUGGUUCUCCCAGAGGACGAGGGCGUGUACACAGCCUUCGCCUCCAACAUGAAAGGAAAUGUUGUCAGCUCUGGGAAGCUCUACGUUGAGUCGGCUGGAGCUGUAACACCUCAGAGAUACACACCACAGCCAGCCAUGCAGAGGAUCAGAUCCACAUCUCCUCGCUCUCUGAGCCGUUCUCCUGGCCGUUCUUCCAGCCGUUCUCCCGGACGUUCUCCAGCCCGUCGGCUUGAUGAGACAGACGAGGCUCAGCUGGAAAGACUCUACAAGCCUGUGUUUGUCAUGAAACCUGCCUCAUGUAAAUGCUCCGAGGGGCAAACUGCCAGAUUUGACUUAAAGGUUGUCGGCAGACCGAUGCCCGACACAUACUGGUUCCAUAAUGGACAACAAGUGGUUAGCGACCACACCCACAAGAUAGUGGUUAAAGAGGACGGUACCCAGUCCCUGAUCAUUGUCCCGGCCAUGCCACAUGACUCCGGAGAGUGGACGGUCAUCGCCCAGAACAGAGCUGGACGGUCGUCCAUCUCUGUCACUCUCACCGUUGAUGCUAAAGAAACCCUGACGCGCCCCCAGUUCACUGAGAAGCUGAAGAACCUCAGUGUAAAGCAGGGCACUCUGGUUGAACUGGCUGUCAAAGCCAUUGGUAACCCCCUGCCUGAUAUCGUCUGGCUGAAAAACAGUGACAUUAUCACCCCACACAAGCAUCCAAACAUCAGGAUUGAAGGAACCAGAGGAGAGGCCAAAUUCCAGAUUCCCUCAUCAGCUGGCACAGACAGCGCCUGGUACACUGCUACAGCCAUCAACAAGGCUGGCAGAGACACCACACGCUGCAGAGUCAAUGUUGAGGUAGACUAUGUUGAACCUGAACCAGAGAGGAAGCUCGUUAUUCCCAAAGGAACCUACAAGGCCAAGGAGAUUGCCCCACCAGAGUUGGAGCCCCUUCAUCUGCGCUACGGCCAAGAGCAGUGGGAGGAGGGCGACCUUUACGACAAAGAGAAGCAGCAGAAACCACAGUUCAAGAAGAAGCUGACUUCUAUCAGAAUGAAGCGCUUUGGUCCGGCUCAUUUUGAGUGCAGACUGACUCCAAUUGGCGACCCCACCAUGGCGGUGGAGUGGCUGCACGACGGCAAACCCCUGGAAGCUGCGAACAGGUUACGCAUGGUCAACGAAUUUGGUUACUGCAGCCUUGACUAUGAAGCUGCCUACGCUAGAGACAGCGGCGUCAUCACUUGCAGAGCUACCAACAAGUUUGGAGCUGAUCAGACCUCAGCCACCCUGGUCGUCAAGGAUGAGAAGGGUCUUGUUGAGGAAACACAACUUCCUGAAGGUAAGAAGGGAGCGCAUAGAAUGGACGAGAUCGAGCGCAUGGCUCACGAAGGAGGACCCUACGGAGUCACUGCUGAUGAAGACUCUGAGAAAAUGAAACCAGAGAUUGUUCUUCUUCCUGAACCAGCAACAGUGAUGGAAGGCGAAACUGCACGUUUCCGCUGCAGAGUGACCGGUUAUCCAUCACCCAAGGUAAACUGGUACCUCAACGGACAACUUAUCCGCAAAAGCAAGAGAUACAGACUUCGGUAUGAUGGUAUUUACUACUUGGAGAUCACUGAAGUCAAAUCCUAUGACUCAGGAGAGGUGAGAUUGGUAGCCGAAAACAACAUUGGCUCAGUUGAGCACACCGUGAAGCUGGAGAUUCAACAGAAAGAGGACUUCAGAACUCAUCUGCGCCGUGCCCCAGAGGGUAAGGCAGCCGAGGCCGCACCCGAACCUGGAAAAACAUCAUUUGAGGUGGUGAAAACCGAGAUACCUGGAGACGACUCUCAGCUGAAAGAGGUGGUGAAGCUGAAGAAGGCCCAGAGAGUUGUCCAUGAGAAAUCCACAGAAGAGUCGGAGGAGCUGAGGGGCAAGUUCAAACGCAGGACAGAGGAAGGCUAUUACGAGUCCAUCACUGCGGUGGAGCUCAAGUCACGCAAGAAGGACGAGUCCUACGAGGAUCUGCUGAAGAAAACAAAGGAGGAGCUGCUUCACCGGAAGCAGGAGAAGGAGGCGGCUGAGAAGAAGAAAGAGGAGGACCGCCGCAAACUUACAGCUACACCUCUAAAACCACAAAGGGUCAAGCUCUCAGCCAGCAUGGAAGCUCCUAAGAUCGUGGAGCGUAUCACCAGCCAGACAGUCGCACAGGGCGAUGAAGUCAAGUUCAGAGUUAGAGUCAUCGGCAGACCAGAACCUCAGUGCCAGUGGUUCAAGAAUGGCGUUCAGCUGGAGAAGACUGACCGUAUUAACUGGUACUGGCCUGAGGAUCAUGUGUGUGAACUGACGAUCAGAGACGUCAGAGCUGAGGAUUCGGCAAGUGUCAUGGUUAAAGCUACAAACACUGCUGGAGAGACUUCAGGACAUGCUUUCCUGCUGGUGCAAGCAAAGCAAGUCAUCACCUUUACACAGAAGCUGGAGGACGUCAACGCAAAAGAGAAAGACACCAUGGCUACCUUUGAGUGUGAAACCAAUGAGCCUUUUGUCAAGGUCAAAUGGCUGAAGAAUAACGUGGAGAUCUUCUCCGGAGACAAAUACAGGAUGCACUCUGACAGAAAGGUCCACUUCCUGUCUGUGCUGAUGAUCGACAUGAGGGAUAACGCAGAAUUUACCUGCAAGGUUAUCGACGAAGAUGUCAGUACAACUGCCAAGCUCAAUGUUGAAGGAGAACCACUGCAGAUCCUGAAGCAGCUGGAGAGCACCGAGGUUCCCGAGACGUACUCCGGAGAGUUUGAGUGUGUCAUGUCCCGUGAGGACGCUGAAGGCAGCUGGUUCUUUGGAGAAAAGCUGCUCUCUCCCAGCAGUAAAUAUGUCAUUUCCUCCCGCCGUGGAAGACAUACCCUGUCUGUCAAAGAAGUUGAGAAGAAGGACCAGGGAAAAUAUAGCUUCAAAGUGGGCGAGUUCAAGACAAGUGCCUCACUGAAGAUGAAAUUGCGUCCAGUGACCCUGAUGCAGCCUCUGACAGAUUUGACUGUCUGCGAGGGCGAUAUCGCUCAGCUGGAGGUCAAGUUCUCCCAGGAGAAUGUUGAAGGAAUCUGGAUGAAGAACGGACAGCCAAUCACAGCCUCAGACCGUGUGCACAUUGUUAUCGACAAACAGAUCCACAAACUUCUGAUUGAAGACACCAGCAAGGAGGAUCAUGCAAAGUACUCCUUUGAGGUUCCUGAUCAGGGGAUCUCAACCUCUGCAAAGCUGGUCAUUCAGACAAUUGGCAUCUUGAUCCCACUGAAGGACAUGAGUGCCGUUGAGGGCACCAAGGCCGUCCUGGAGACCAAGAUCUCCGCUCAGGACAUCACCUCAAUCAAAUGGUACCACAACGACAAACUGCUGGCGCCCAGCGAGAGAGUCCAGAUGGUUUCAAAGGGAGCCAAACAGCGUCUGGUCUUCAACCGGACCUACGCCUCUGAUGAAGGACACUACAAACUGGUGGUUGGCCGAGCUGACACCAGCUGCAAAUUUUCUGUUCAAACUGUCCAGAUUGUGAAACCCAUAAAGGACAAGCAGUGCUCCGAGUCUGAGAACGUCACAUUUGAAGUAGAGGUUUCUCACGUGGGCAUUGAUGCCUUCUGGACCUUCAAGAGGCAGCUGCUCAAAGCCAGCGCCAAGUACAAGAUGGAGUCCAAGAACAAGCGCCACACCCUGACUGUCAUGAAUGCAAUGAAGGACGAAGAGGGCGAGUACAUGUUCGCCGCUGGUGAGAAGAUGUGCACUGCUACAUUAACUGUAUCAGGUGGCGCUAUCAAGAAACCCCUGCAUGAUUUGGUGGUGGCCGACUCCCAGACCGCCAUGCUGGAGUGUGAAGUCGCCAACCCCACCGCCGAGGGCAAGUGGCUGAAAAACGGCCAACCUGUGGACUUCAACGAGAACACGCUGAGCGAGGUGAAGGGUGCCGUCAGACGCCUCGUCAUCAUGAUCACCAAAGCCACCGACGUCGGCGAGUACACCUACCAGGUCGCCACGUCCAAGACCUCAGCCAUGCUGAGAGUCGAGGCUGUGAAGAUCAAGAAGACCCUGAAGAACCUGAAUGUGGUCCAGACUCAGGAUGCCUUGUUCAGCCUGGAGCUGACCCAUGAGGAUGUGCGAGGAGCGCAGUGGAUCAAGAACGGUGUUGAGAUCCAGCCCAGUGAUAAAUACGAGAUCACUAUUGAAGGCACAGUCCACAGCCUGAAAAUCAAGACCUGCAGCACACAGGACGAGUCUGUUUACUCUUUCAAACUAGGAAAACUGUCUGCAAGCGGCAGGCUGAACGUUGAAACCAUCAAGAUCCUGAAGAAGCCAAAGGAUGUGACAUCACUGUUGGGUGCAACUGCCGUAUUCGAGCUGGGCAUCUCCGAGGACGACAUCCCCGUGAAAUGGAUGUUCAACAACGUGGAGCUGAAGCCAGACGCGAACUACAGGAUGCUGUCUGAGAAGAAGACCCACAAACUGACUGUCCAGGACGUGGACAGCAGCAAAGAGGGACAGUACACCGCUGUGGUGGGCCACCUCCAGUGCAGCGCUCGCCUCACGGUCGAGUCCCUGCGAGUCACCAAACCGCUGAAGAGUGUGAGCGUCCCAGAGACCCAUGUGGCCACAUUCGAGUGUGAAGUGUCCCACUUCAACGUGCCGUCCACCUGGCUGAAGGACGGCGUGGAGAUCGAGAUGAGCGAGAAGUUCAGGAUCGUGGUUCAGGGGAAACUCCACCAGCUGAAGAUCAUGAACACCGGCAGGGACGACUCGGCCGAGUACACCUUCGUCUGCGGGAACGACCGAGUCUCUGCAACGCUCACCGUUAACCCCAUCAUUAUCACGACGAUGUUGCAGAACUUGGAUGCUCAGGCGAAAGACACGGUCACAUUUGAGGUGAACAUCAACUAUGAGGGAAUCACGUACAAAUGGCUGAAGAAUGGUGUGGAGAUCCGGUCCACGGACAGAUGCCAGGCUCGCUGCAAACAGCUGACUCACACUCUGACCAUCAGGAACGUUCACUUUGGAGACAGCGCCGAGUACACCUUCAUGGCCGGCUCUGCAGUCACUACAGCUAAACUCUACGUCGAGGCCCGCGUGGUUGAAUUCACUAAACACCUGAAGGACCUGAAGAUCACGGAGAAGAAGAGAGCGACUUUCGAAUGUGAAGUUUCUGAACCGAACAUCCAGGUGAUGUGGAUGAAGGACGGCCAGGAACUGGAGAUGUCCGACAGAUAUAAAAUGAGUGCCGAUAAGUUCGUGCACCAUCUGACCGUGCCGUCGGUGCGCCUGUCGGACGCCGGAGAGUACACGGCGGUGGCCGGGUCCAGCAUGUCCAAGGCCCAGCUGGUCGUUCUGGGGCGGGACGUCAGGAUCUCCGAGCCCGCUAGCAGAGACAUCUCUGUUGUUGAGAAGCAGAGAGCCACCUUUGAGUUCGAGGUGAAUGAGGACGACGUGGAUGCUCGCUGGCUGAGGAACGGCGUGGAGAUCCAGAUCUCGGCAGAGGAGAGGUUCUCCUACGUCUGCAUCCGCAAGCUGCACCGCCUCACCGUGUCGGAGACUUACCGCAGCGACGCCGGAGAGUACACCUUCCUCGCCGGCAAGAACAGGAGCACCAUGAACCUUCACGUCACACUGCCGGAGCCUCCGCAGAUCGUUCGCCACAUGCAGGCCCAGACGGCGAUGUCCGGCAGAUCGGUUCGCUUCUCGGUGCAGGUGAGCGGCCUCCCGGAGCCCCAGGUGUCCUGGUACAAAGACUCCCAGGCUCUGUCUACCAGCUACAAGUGCAAGUUCCUCCACGACGGAGACGAGCACACUCUGCUGCUGCUGGAAGUCUUCCCCGAGGACGCCGCUGUCUACAGCUGCGAGGCCAAGAACGACUACGGAGAGGCAGCAAGCUCCGCUGCUCUCACUGUGGAAGUUCCAGAGGUGGCUGAAACCGUGGCUCGGGUCUCUGCUCCGGUCCUGAUCGCUCCAAUGCGGGACAUCCUGGUCCCCGAGGGAAACCCGGCCCAGUUCCAGUGCUCCGUCUCUGGGGAAGAUUUGCAGAUUUCCUGGUUCUGUGGCGACAGAGAGAUCAGACAGUCAGACAUCUUCAGGAUGUCUCAUUACGGACAAACCUGCCAGUUGGAGAUCUCCAGAGCUCUCCCGAACCACGAAGGAGAGUACUCAUGUGCUGCCUCUAACUCGGCAGGAAUGGUGACGUGUUCUGCGACUCUGAACAUCGACGUAACUGCAGCGGAGCACGAGCCUAGGACUCAGACAAAGGAGGAAGUGAAAGUGAAACCUGUGUUCAGGCACAGAAUUGUCCCUGUGGAGAUCAACGCUGGCAACCCUGCCAAGUUUGAAUGUGAAACUGAGGACGCUCCGAAUGUGAGCUUCAAGUGGUUCAAAGAUGGACACCAAAUCAAAGAGAGUGAUAAAUACAGGAUUAUCAGUCGCUUCAGUACUUCCUCUCUGGAGCUUCUGAACCCAAACAAGGACGAUAGCGGUGAAUACACCUGCAAGGCGUCCAAUCAGCAUGGUGGUGACGAAUGUUCUGCCUCUCUCGUUGUGACAGAGCGUAAAGUCCCUCCAACUUUCACCAAGAAGCCAUCUGAGUCCAUGAUGGAUUCUGUGGGUAAGACGGUGAAGAUGGAGGGCCGGGUGUCUGGCUCACAGCCGCUGACCAUCACAUGGUUCAAGGACAACAGCGAGAUCCAAGGCUCUGACAAAUACGACGUCAGCUUCACGAACAACGUCGCCGUGUUGUGUGUCAGAAACUCCAGCAGCUCAGACAGCGGCGUUUAUGAGUGCACGGCUUCCAACGAGGCCGGAAAAGCCUCAUGUCGGGUGUCUCUCAACAUCACAGAAACCGGCCAGGCUCCGAAAUUCAACGUUCCUCUGGAGCCCGUGACGGUGAACGAGGGCGAGAAGCUGAGCCUAAAGUGCCACGUGAUUGGCUCUCCUCCGCUGAACAUCCAGUGGAUGAAGGACCGGAGGGAGCUGAAGUCCAGCGGGAACACCAAGGUCACGUUUGUUGGCGGGACGGCCUGUCUGGAGAUCAGCCCAGUCUCAAAGAGCGACGCCGGGGAUUACCUCUGCAAGGCCAGCAACGCCAGUGGCAGCGACUUCUGCAAGGCCAGGGUCACUGUCAAAGAUAAAGGAGUGAAGGCCGCCCCCAGCGAGGCCGCUGCCCAACCCGCAGCUGCUCCAGCCAAAAGGCUCGACAACCUUUUCUUCAUCGAGGAACCCAAAAACAUUUCCGUCACAGAGAAGGGCACCGCGACGUUCAUCGCUAAAAUCGGCGGCGACCCGAUCCCCAGCGUGAAGUGGAUGAAGGGCAAAUGGCGGCAGAUCACGCCCGGUGGUCGCAUCACCAUCGAGCACAAGGGCCAAGACGCCCGCAUGGAGAUCAGAGAGGUGACCAAGAGCGACGCCGGUCAGUACCGAUGCGUCGCCACCAACAAACACGGAGAGAUCGAGUCCAGCGCCGACAUGGCCGUCACCAAGAAGGAGGAAGUGCAGGGAAUCGGAGAUAUUCGCACCAAGCUGAAGAAGACUCCCUCGAAGCAGAAGAGUCCGAAGAAAGAAGGAGACUUAGACAUCGUGGAGUUGCUCAGAGGCCACGACCCCAAAGAGUACGAGAAGAUCCUGACAGACCACGGUAUCCAUGACUACCGCGCCAUCCUGCAGGCCAUCGAGUUCCUGAAGAGGGAGAAGGAGAUGGAGAGCGGAAAAGUGGAAGUGGAGCGUGGCGGCCGUGUGGAAGAGGAAGACAUGUCUCGACUGAUCCAGCAGCUGGAGGGACGCGUCGGCACAGAGCCCGUCUCUGUGCUGGAGCCCAUCAGCGACCAGAAGACGCCGGAGAACCAGACCGCCACUUUCGAGUGUAAGAUCCGCAUCAACUACCCAGAGAUCACCCUGAGCUGGUACAAAGGAACACAGAAACUGGAAAGCAGCGACAAAUACGACAUCGGCCGUGCCGGUGACCGCCACUACCUGUCCAUCAGGAACUGCCAGGAGAAAGACCAGGGCAGCUACCGCGUGGUCUGCGGGCCGCACAUCGCCAACGCCAAGCUCACCGUCACAGAAGAGAAAGAAGCAGUUGAAGAAAUAGUUGAGAGGACUCAGAAAGUGGAGAUGAGACAACAAGUCCCUGAAGUACCGGAAGCAAGGAAGACGCAGCCCGAGGUAACUGUCACGGCUCCGUCUCGGCGAGAGGAACCUCCAGCGCCAGAAGAUGGUAAACCAACAGAGGAGGCACCAAAAGGCAGAGGCAGAGGAUUUGGGGCGAGACAAACGCCAUCUCCUGGUGACGGUGGCAAGGGCCGCGGCCUGAGGCCCGGUGGAAAAGGCCCGUCACCACCAGAGGAACCCUUCGGAGGAUUUAAGCUCAAAGCCGUGCCUCUGAAAUUCGUCAAAAAGAUUCAGGACAUUGUGCUGAAGGAAGCCGAGUCUAUCGGCUCAUCUGCUGUGUUUGAGUGUGAGAUUUCGCCUUCCACAGCCAUCACGACGUGGAUGAAAGAUGGCAGCAACCUCCGCGAGGGGCCCAAACACAAAUUUACAGCUGAUGGCAAAGAUCGCAAGUUGAACAUUAUUGAUGUCCAGUUGUCUGACACCGGUGAAUACACCUGUGUGGGCAAGAACGCUGGCAAGGAAAUAACAUGCACAGCCAAGCUUGUUGUUGAAGAGCUGCCGGUGAAAUGGUUGAAGGAGUUGGAACCAGAGACGUCCUGUAUUAAGACUCAGCCCAUGUACCUGACCUGUGAGUUAAACAAAGAGAGGGAUGUGGUCUGGAAGCGUAACGGCGCCCUCUUGAAGACAAAGGCGGGAAAAGUGGCCAUUAAUAUCAUUGGUAUGCAGCACGCUGUGACCAUCCAGAACGCCACUGAGGAAGACGCCGGUGCCUACACGUGUGAGGUGGCCGGGCAGGAGGACGUCAAGACGACAACCAAUGUCAAAGUGAUUGAAAUCAUCAAAGACUGGCUGACGAAGCCUCUGAGGGACCAGCAUGUGAAACCGAAGGCUAAAGCCACAUUUAAAUGUGAGCUGUUCAAAGACACUCCCAACUGGAAGUGGUUCAAAGGAGACAACGAGCUCGCUCCUUCUGACAAAGUGGAGAUCAACAAAGAUGGACAGGACAUGACGCUCACCAUCAAAAACUGCCAGCCGGACGAUGUCUCUGACUAUACCAUCCAGGUGGAGGAUCGCAGAUACACGGCCAAACUCACACUCGGAGAGCGCGAGGCAGAGAUCCUGAAGCCUCUCUCCAGCGUGGAGGUGGUCGAGAAGGAGGAAGCUAACUUCAACACUGAGAUUUCGGAGGAGGAUGUAGUCGGGGAAUGGAAACUGAGAGGCCAGGUGUUGAUGAGGUCUCCGACCUGCGACAUUAAAUCUGAAGGCAGGAAGCGUUUCCUGACGCUGAAACACGUGCAGCUGGAUCAGGCGGGCGAGGUGUCAUAUCAGGCGCUGAACGCCGUCACUAGCGCCAUGCUCAACGUCAAAGAGGGCGACGCCGUCUUCGUGACUAAGCUGCAGGAUUACACUGCCACAGAGAAAGACGAGGUGUCUCUGGACUGUGAACUGAGCAAAGACGUCCCCGUGGUUUGGUAUUACGGCGAGAAGGAAGUCGUCGCCUCCAAGACGGUGGUGUUGCGGUCGGAGGCAACGCGCCGGUCUCUGAUCCUGAAGAAAGUGGCGCAGAGCGACAAAGGGAAAUAUACCUGCGACUGUGGGACGGACAAAACCUCCGCCAGGCUCAACAUCGAAGCUCGGGACAUCAAGGUUGUGCGUCCGAUUUAUGGCGUGGAACUGUUUGACGGAGAGACGGCUCGCUUCGAGGUGGAGAUCUCUGAGGACGAUGUGCACGGCCAGUGGAAACUCAAUGGAGAAGUCCUCAGUCCUUCUUCUGAUGUGGACAUCAUCGAGGAGGGCGGCAAACACACUCUGAUCCUCUACAACUGUAAAGUCUCAAUGACCGGUGAGGUGGCAUAUGCCGCCGCCAACGCCAAGUGUUCUGCCAACCUGAAGGUCAAAGAACUUCCUCUGAACUUCCUGACGCCGCUGAACGAUGUUCAGGUGUACGAGAAGGACGAGGCGAGGUUCGAGGUUGAGCUGUCGAGAGUUCCCAAGAGUUUCCGCUGGCUGAAAGGCUCCCAGGAACUGCAGAGGGAUGACAAGUACGAGAUGAUCCAGGAAGGAAACAUGUUUGUUCUGGUGAUCCGUUUGGCCGCCUACGACGACGAGGCAAAGUACAUGUUCGAGGCCGAGGACAAGAGGACGGCCGGAAAACUGGUUAUACAAGGUAUUCGGCUGGAGUUUGCCAAACCGAUUAAGGACGUGACAGUGAAGGAGCGUGAGACGGCCGAGUUCAGCGUUGAACUCUCCCACGACAAGAUCUCUGUGGUCUGGUACAAAAACGAUGUACGCCUGCAUCCUAGCAAGGUUGUGCACAUGGCGGACCACGGGAAGGUGCACACGCUGGCCUUUAAAGAAGUUACCAUCGACGACACGUCCAUGAUCAAAGUGGAGGCCAUGGACAAGACCAUGACCGCCAUGCUCACCGUCAUCGAGGGCGACCUGUACUUCACCACCAAGCUGCAGAACUACACGGCCGUGGAGCGGGAUGAGGUGAAGCUGGUCUGUGAACUCAGCAAAUCGGUCGCAGACGUCAAAUGGUUUAAGGACGGGAAGGAGAUCACUCCGUCCAAGAACAUCGCCAUCAGCACAGACGGAAAGAAGCGCAUCCUGAUGGUCAGGAAAGCGGAGAAGGCCAACAUCGGAGAGUACACCUGUGACUGCGGCUCGGACAAAACCACCGCCAGACUCAACAUAGAAGAGCGGGACAUUAAGGUUGUCCGUCCGCUGUACAGCGUGGAGGUGACGGAGACAGAAACAGCCAAGUUUGAGACGGAGAUUUCAGAAGAGGACGUCCACGGAAACUGGAAGCUGAAGGGAGAAGCCCUGCUGCAGUGUCCUGAUGUUGAGAUUAAGGAGGAAGGAACCAAACACCUGCUGAUCCUCUACAACGUGCGCAUGGACAUGGCUGGCAGCGUCGACUUCUCCGCAGCCAACGCCAAAUCCAACGCUCAGCUCCGGGUCAAAGCCCGGUCCAUCGGGCUGAUGCGUCCUCUGAAGGACGUGACGGUGACGGCCGGAGAAACGGCCACCUUUGAGUGCGAGCUGUCGUACGAAGGCAUCGCCGUGGACUGGUUCCUGGGGGGAAAGAAGAUGGAGGCCAGCGAGCGGGUGAAGACCCGUGUGGUGGGGCGAGUUCACACUCUGACCAUCAGAGACGUGAAGCUGUCCGAGGCCGGCGAAGUCAAACUGAGCGCCAAAGACUUCCAGACGCAGGCGAAACUCAUCAUCAGACAGCCGCCGGUGGAGUUCACGAAGCCGCUGGAGGACCAGACGGUCGAGGAAGAGGCAAGCGCUACGUUGGAGUGUGAAGUUUCCAGAGAGAACGCUGAGGUCCGCUGGUUCAGAGAGGGACAGGAAGUCAGGAAGACUAAGAAGUAUGACCUGAUCGUAGACGGAGUCAAGAGGAAGCUGGUCAUCCAUGACUGCUUGCCGGACGACGCCAAGAUGUACACAUGUGACGCCUCAGAGUUCAAGACUUCCUGUUUCCUGGAGGUCACACCUCCUCACGUGGAGUUCAGUAAGCCUCUGCAGGACGUCGAGGUCAAAGAGAAAGAAUCUGCUAAGUUUGAAUGUGAAGUUUCCCGCGAGUCUGCCAAGGUUCGCUGGUUUAAGGACGGCAACGAGAUCAGGAAAGGGAAGAAGUACGAGAUUGUUGCUAAGGGCAAACAGAGGAUCCUCAUCGUGCACAAGUCUGUGUUUGACGACGAGGCCGAGUACGAAUGUGACGCCCGCACCGCCAAGAGCUCGGGCAUGCUCACCGUCAUCGAGGAGGCAGCACGCUUCACCAAGAACCUGUCCAACGUGGAGGGGAUGGAGACGGACAGCGUGAAGAUGAUCUGCGAGGUGUCGAAGCCGGUUGCCGAGGUGACGUGGUACCGUGGAGACGAGGAGCUGCCAGAGGGUGGCCGGUACGAGCAGAUCAGCGACGGGCGCCGACGGAUUCUGAUAAUCCAGGACCUGAGAAUGGAGGACGCCGGAGAGUACAACUGCAGGCUGAGUCCCACCGCCAAGACGUCCGCCACGCUCCGGCUACACGAGCUGGCGGCCGAGUUCAUCGCCCGUCCUCAGAACCAGGAAGCGGUGGAGGGCGAGAAGGCCGAGUUCGCCUGCUCCGUCUCCAAGGAAACGUACGAGGUGAAAUGGUUCAGAGGCGAGAAGGAAGUGCAAACGGGGGAGAAGUACAGCGUGGUCAGCGAGGGGAAGAGGAGGGCUCUUAUUGUGAAAAGCUGCGAGCUGAAGGACGAGGGCGGCUACGUUGCUCAGAUCGGCAACGUCAAAGCCUCCGCCGAGCUGUAUGUCAUCGAGAAACUGAGGAUCAUCACGCCGAUCAAAGACGCGGAGGUGAAGGAGGGAAGUGAGAUCGUGUUUAACUGCGAGACGAACACGGAGGGAGCGAAGGCCAAGUGGCUGAAGAACGAGGAGACGAUAUUCGAGAGCAGCAAGUACAUGAUGGCCCAGCGGGACAACGUCUUCUCUCUGAGGAUCAGAGACGCCCAGAAGGCCGACGAGGCCGUCUACACCAUCAGCCUGACCAAUCAGAGAGCAGAGCAGGCCAAGAGCACCGCCAGCGCUAAAGUGUCAGCGGAGAAGCUGAGGUUCCUGAGGCCCAUCGAGGACAUCGAGACUCAGGAGAAGAAGACGAUCGGCUUCGUGUGCGAGGUCAACCGUCCCGAGGUGACUGUCCGCUGGCUCAAGGCGGGACAGGAAGUGACGCUCAGCAAACGCCUGGUGUACCGCGCCGACGGCCUUCGCCACACGCUGACCAUCAAGGACUGCGUGAUGGAGGACGAGGGCGAGUACACGGCCGUCGUCGGGGACGACAAGUGCGCGGCCGAGCUGAUCAUCAGCGAGGCGCCCACUGACUUCACCGCGGCGCUCAAAGACACGACCGUCACCGAGUUCGAGGACGCCGAGUUCGUCUGCAAGCUGAGCAAAGAGAAGGCAUCGGCGGUGAAAUGGUACAGGAACGGACGGGAGAUCAGAGAAGGACCCAGAUAUCACAUGAAGAAAGAAGGAAAGACGUGCAGACUGGUGAUCAAAGUGUGCAGACCAGACGAUGAAUGUGAAUACGCCUGCGGAGUGGAGGAGAGGAGGACCAGAGCCAGGCUCUUCGUCGAAGAGACGCCGGUGGAGAUCGUGCGUCCUCCGCAGGACGCCUUCGAGCCCCCGGGCUCUGACGUGGUGUUCGAGGCGGAGCUGAACAAGGACCGCGUGGAGGUGAAGUGGAUGAGGAACAACAUGAUCAUCGUGCAGGGAGACAAGUACCAGAUGAUCAGCGAGGGGAAGAUCCACAGGCUGCAGGUCUGUGAGAUCAGACCCCGGGACCAGGGAGAGUACCGCGUCGUCGCCAAGGACAAGGACGCCAGGGCCAAGCUGGAGCUCGCAGCCGUUCCAAAGAUCAAAACCACGGAUCAGAAUCUGGUGACGGACGCCGGGAAGCCGUUUGUGAUGAGUGUGCCGUACGACGCGUACCCCCGCGCCGACGCCGAGUGGAUCUACGAGGGCGCCGCUCUGCCGGUCCAGAACAUCGACACUUCGGCCGACAAGACGGAGUACCGGCUGAAGAGCCCCAGGAAGGAGGACCAGGGCCGGUACCGCGUGGUGAUCCGGAACAAACACGGCCAGGGGGAGGCCUUCAUCAACCUGGACGUCAUCGACGUCCCCGGCCCGGUGAAGAACCUGCGUGUGGUGGACACGGCGGACGGCGAGGUCAGCCUGGCGUGGGAGGAGCCCGAGAGCGACGGCGGCAGCAAGAUCUUGUCCUACGUGGUGGAGCGCCGCGACGUGAAGCGUAAGACCUGGACGCUGGCGACCAACCGUGCCGACGCGCCCGAGUACUGCGUCAGCGGCCUGCAGAAGGAGAACAAGUACCUGUUCAGAGUCUGCGCCCAAAACCGUGUCGGCAGCGGCCCCACCGUUGCCACUGACGAUGCCGUCCAGGCCAAGAACAAGUUCGACGUUCCCGAUGCUCCAGAGAAUGUGGCGGUCGGCGUGGUGAACCGGUUCGGCGCCACCGUGAGCUGGGAGCCUCCGAAGCACGAUGGCGGCUCAGAGAUCACCGCCUACGUGAUCGAGCUGCGCGACAGGACGGCAGUGAAGUGGGAGGCGGCCAUGGUCUGCGGCGCCAAGGACCGCACGGCCACGCUGAGUGACGUCGUGGAGAACAAGGAGUACAUCUUCAGAGUCCGAGCCGAGAACAAGGCCGGCAUCGGACGGCCCAGUGCCGCCACCAAACCCGUCAAGAUCAUGGAUCCCAUCGAUCGGCCGAGCCCGCCUCUGAACCUGAACUUCAGCGACCAGAUCAACACGGCCGUGACGCUGACCUGGGAGACGCCCGCCAACAACGGCGGCAGCAUGAUCACCGGAUACAUCAUCCAGAAAUGUGACGACGGCACCGACAAGUGGCUCCGUUGCAACGCCAGGCUGUGUCCGGAUCUUUCCUACCGGGUGUCCGGUCUGAAGCCCGGUCAGAAGUACCUCUACAGAGUCUGUGCCGAGAACGCCGCUGGCGUCUCUGAUCCAACGGAGCAACUCGGACCUCUGCUCGCAGACGACCCUCACGUGGGUCCGACCUUUGACCUGAGCGGCUUCAGGAACGGUCUGGAAGUAAUCGUCCCGCAGCCUCUCACCAUCAGAGUCCCGAUCACCGGGUACCCGACGCCCGUUGCCAAGUGGAGCUUCGGAGAGAAGGCGCUGAGCACCACCGACGAGCGCGUCUCCAUGGUGACCAAGCCCACGUACACGGAGCUGACGGUGGCGCCGAGCGUGCGCCCAGACAAAGGCACCUACACGCUGCAGCUGGAGAACGACGUGUCGUCCAUCUCUGGAGACAUCGAAGUCAACGUCAUCGCAUGCCCCAGUGCUCCCAAAGACUUUAAGGUGGCCGAGGUGACCCGACACCACGUCCACCUGAUGUGGGAGGCGCCAGAGCACGACGGAGGAAGUCCAGUCACACACUUCCAGAUCGAGAAGAGAGAAGUGUCCCGCAAGACCUGGGCCAAGGUGGCUACCGGCGUCCUGGACCUGGAGCACACUGUCACAGACGUGCUUGAAGGAAAGGAGUAUCUGUUUAGCGUCACUGCCUGCAACAAGUGUGGACCCGGAGAGCCGGCAUACAUCGACGAGCCCGUCAACGUCUCCUCUCCCGCCACUGUACCUGAUCCUCCCGAGAACCUGAAGUGGCGUGAUAAGAGCGGCAAGACCAUCUUCCUGUUCUGGGAGCCCCCGAAGUACGAUGGCGGUGCCCCGAUCAAAGGCUACGUGGUGGACAAGUGUCAGCGUGGCACCGACAAGUGGGAGCCCUGCGGAGACCCCAUCCCUGAGCUGAAGUUCCAGGUGACCGGCCUGAUCGAGGGCCAGUGGUACGCCUACAGAAUCAGAGCUUUCAACAAGCUGGGAGCCAGCCGACCGUGCAGAGCCACCGAUGAAAUCCAGGCCGUUGACGCCAGAGAGGCUCCAGAGAUCCAGCUGGAUGUGAAGCUGCUGGCCGGUCUGACGGCCCGGGCUGGCACAAAGAUCGAGCUUCCAGCCGACGUCAAAGGGAAGCCCGACCCCCGCGUAAAGUGGACCAAGGCCGACCAUGUGCUACGGGCCGACGACCGCAUCACCAUCGACACUCAGCCGGGACACUCCAAGCUGUCCAUCGACAAGACGACCAGAGGCGACACGGCCACCUACAUCAUCGAGGCGGUUAACGCCUGCGGACGCGCCACCGCCACUACUGACGUCAACAUUCUCGAUAAACCCGGUCCUCCGGCUGCUUUCGACAUCUCUGAGGUCACCAACGAGUCGUGCUUCAUGGCGUGGAACCCUCCGAGGGACGACGGCGGCUCGCCCAUCACCAACUACAUUGUGGAGAGCCGGCUAUUGGACAAAGAGGAGUGGGUGAAGCUGUCGGCCACCGUCAAACACACCACGUUCAAAGCCUGCAAGCUCACUGCUCUGAAGGAGUACGUGUUCAGGAUCAGCGCUGAGAACCAGUACGGCAUCGGCGAGCCCGCAGAACACGUGCCCAUCAUCGCUAAGUAUUCCUUCGAUCCUCCCGGCCCUCCAACCAGAGUCACGCCCUCCGACAUCGCCAAGGAUGCUGUAACUCUGACAUGGUUCGAGCCGGACGAGGACGGUGGCAGUCCCAUCACCGGGUACUGGAUCGAGAAGUUCGACCGGGAAGCUGACAAGUGGAUCAGAUGCAACAAACUGCCCGUCAGAGACGCAACAUUCAGGGUGAAGGGACUUACCACCAAGAUGAAGUACAGCUUCCGUGUUCUGGCGGAGAAUCUGGCCGGACCUGGAAAACCCAGCGUGGAGACGGAUCCCGUCCUCAUCAAAGAUCCCAUCGAUCCUCCGUGGGCUCCCGGUAAACCCGUCAUCAGGGAUGUUGGUAAGACGACGGUGCAGCUGGCGUGGACGCGGCCAGAGCACGACGGCGGCGCCAAAAUCGAAGGCUACAUCGUGGAGUUCCAGAAGACGGGCAGCGAGGAAUGGAUCCGCAUCGCCGAGGACGUCCCGCAGACGGAGACGCCGCUGACGGGCCUGAUUGAGAAGCAGGAGUACUCGUUCAGGGUCAAAGCCGUCAACAAGGCGGGCCAGAGCGAGCCCAGCGAGCCCAGCCAGCCAAUUGUCUGCAAGGAGAGGCUGUUUCCUCCGUCUGCGCCCCAGUGGCUAGAGGUUUCCAACAUCACGAAGAUCGACGCGGCGCUCAAGUGGCAGGAGCCUAGCAGCGACGGGGGCUCGCCCAUCACCAACUACGUGGUGGAGAAGCGUGACGUGCGCCGGAAGGCAUGGCAGAGCGUGGACACCACGGUGAAGGAGCUGAAGUACACGGUGACUCCGCUCAACGAGGGAUCACUCUACGUGUUCCGCGUCGCCGCCGAGAACGCCGCAGGGAUGGGCGAGUUCUGCGAGCUGGAGGAUGCCGUGCUCGCCAAAGACACUUUCACGACCCCUGGGCCCCCCUACGCUCUGACGGUGGUGGAGGUCACCAAGAGACACGUGGAGCUGAAGUGGGAAGCUCCCAAGAGCAACGGAGGAAGACCCAUCACCAAGUACGUGAUAGAGAAGAAGGAGAAGCUGGGAACUCGCUGGCUGAAGUGCUGCAAGACUCCGGACAAACAGACGCAGUUCAAGGUGACGGAUGUGGACGAAGGGUCUGAGGUGCAGUUCCAGGUCCGAGCCGAGAACGAAGCCGGAGUCGGAGAUCCCAGCGAACCCACCGAGAUCCUCACCGUCGAGGACGCAACCAGCGCUCCCUCUCCCCCUCUGGAAGUUUCGGUCCCGGACGCCAGCCGGCAGCACAUCAACGUCUGCUGGAAGCCUCCGGCUAAAGAUGGCGGUUCGCCGAUCACGGGCUACCACGUGGAGGUGGCAGAGGCGCGGCCGGAGCUCAAGUGGCUGCGCGUCAACAACAGACCCGUCAAAGAGCUCAAGUUCAGGAUCGAGGACGGCAUCAAACCGGAGAAGAAGUACGUCAUCAGGGUCCGGGCCAUCAACGCUGUCGGCGUUAGCGAUCCCUCCGAGAUCUCGGACAAAGUCUUCACCAAGGAUCCCGACUGCGCUCCCACCAUGGAUCUGGAGGCGAAGGACGUGAUUGUGGUAGAAGGCGAGAAGCUGCACCUGAACAUCCCCUACCGGGCCAUCCCGACGCCCAAGAUGGUUUGGCAGAAGGACGCGGUGGAGUGCAAGGCGGACGAGCGCCUGUCGCUGACGGUGGAGAUGAACAGCGCUCAUCUGGAGCUGCUCAAGUGCAAACGUGCCGAUGCCGGCGCCUAUGCCAUCACGCUGGAGAACAGCCUGGGGAAAGCCACUGGCACGGUCAACGUCAAAGUCAUCGGACUCCCCGGUCCGUGUAAAGACAUGACUUCUGGUGACGUCACCAAGAACUCGUGCAGGAUCAGCUGGGAAGCCCCGGAGGACGACGGCGGCACGCCCAUCCUCAGCUACACGCUGGAGCGCCGCGAGGCCUCCAAGAAGACCUACGUCCCCGUCAUGUCGGGGGAGAACGUCCUGACCUACAACGUCAAAGACCUGUACAUCAACUGCGAGUACAACUUCAGAAUAAAAGCCCUGAACGCGGUCGGAGCCGGAGUUUACCUGGACCUACGCAACUCCGUCAUCACAGAGGAAGUCAAACAGAAACCGGACCCGCCCAUCCAGGUGGAGGCUCUGGACCCGACGUCCAAGUCGAUCCGGGUCAGCUGGAAGGCGCCGGACUCGGACGGCGGCUGUCCCAUCCAGGGCUACAUCGUGGAGAAGAUGGAGAAGGACGGCGAGCGCUACGAGCGCGUCACGCCCAGCCUGGUGCCAGGGUUCUCCUUCGUGGUCACCGGGCUGACGGAGGACACGGAGUACCAGUUCAGAGUCCGGGCGGAGAACGCCGCCGGAGUCAGCGAGCCGUCCCGCAGCACGCCGCUCGUCAAGGCUGCAGACCCCGUCGAUAAACCGAAGGUGACGCUCCACGCCCGUGUGCAGUCCGGUUUGUGCGUGAAGAAGGGCGAGGAGAUCCGAAUUGACGCCUACAUCUCCGGUUCCCCGUAUCCCAAAAUCACCUGGCUGAGGAACAACGAGGACGUCACCAAGGAGCCGAGCAAGAAGAUAGUCCCUAUCGUCAAGAAGAAGAAGAAGACCAAGACCACGGUCCCGGAGCCGGAGGAGGAGUACGUGACUCCGAUGCGGGAGCGUCUGGGUCUGGACCAGACCCAUCGGGGUCAGUGUGCGCUGAUGAUCCGCGAGGCGGUCCGCGCCGACCACGGAGACUUCACCAUCCAGGUGCAGAACGCUCACGGAGUCGCCACCGCCAGCUGCGUCGUCAACGUCCUCGACAAGCCUGGCGCCCCGCUGAACUUCAGCUUCGAGGAGAUCCGGAGCACGUCGGUGGUGUGUAACUGGGAGCCCCCGCAGGAUGAUGGCGGCAGCGAGAUCCUCAACUACAUCCUGGAGAAGAAGGACAACCGGAACGAAGCAGUGGGCUGGAUCACGGUCACGUCCACGCUGAAGGGAACCAGCUGCCCCAUCACCAAACUCAUUGAGGGGAAGGAGUACAUCUUCAGAGUCACAGCUGAGAACAAGUUCGGCUGCGGGCCCCCCUGCGUGUCCGAGCCGGUGAUCGCCCAGAACAUGUUCAAUCCUCCAGAUGCUCCCAGCACGCCCCGAGUCCACGAGGUGACGGCGAGCACCACCAGAAUCUCGUGGCACGAGCCGAAAGACAACGGCAGCCCGAUCCUGGGCUACUGGAUCGAGAGGAAGGAGGUGAACAGCAAACACUGGACGCGGGUUAACCGCGCGCUGCUCAACUCUCUGGAGGUCAAGGUGCUCGGCCUGAUGGAGGGACUCACCUACAUCUUCAGGGUCUGCGCCGAAAACCUGGCCGGGCCCGGGCCCUUCAGCGAGCCCAGCGACCGCACCGUCGCCAUGGACGCCAUCCUGCCCCCCGGCCCCCCCACUCCGUGGAUCGUGGACACAGGGAAGGAUUCAGUCAUCGUGGCGUGGAAGCCACCGCUGUACAAUGGCGGAGGAGAAAUCCUGGGAUACCACCUGGAGAAGGUUAUGGUCGGAGAGAAGAACUGGACACGCAGCACCGAGUUCAGAUGUAAAGAGCUGACGUACACGGUGACCGGUCUGACCGAGGGAGCCGAUUAUUACAUCCGCGUCAUCGCCGUCAACGACGCCGGGCCCGGAGCUCCCGGCGUGACCGACCCGGUCACUGUCACAGAGCCGCAAGUAAUUCCGGCAGUGAGUUUCGACAUCUCGGUGAGGAACGGCGUCAUAAUCAAGGCCGGUGAGCUGCUGCGUCUCCCCGCCGUGGUGACUGGCCGCCCGCCGCCCGCUGUCACAUGGACCAAAGACGAGAAGGAAACGGACAAGGAGCGCAUGAUCGUGGAGACGGAGGGAACAAACACGGUCCUGAUCAUCAAGAAGGCGCUGAGGGCCGACCACGGAAACUACCAAGUCUCCGGCACCAACAGCAGCGGUACCAAGACCGCCGAGACCCGAGUGGACGUCAUGGACGUCCCGGGGCCAGUGGUGGACCUGAAAACGGUGGUGGUGACCAAGAAGAACAUCACACUGUCGUGGUCCGACCCGCUGGACAACGGCGGCAGCGACAUCAUCGGCUACGAGGUUCUGAGGAAGGACGCCAAGAUGAAGCUGUUCCGCCAGCCCAUCGAGACGGCGUCCUGCAAGUGUGACGUCCAGGGCCUGCUGUCCGGGGAGGAGUACGACUUCAGGGUCGUCGCACGCAACAAGUUCGGAGAUGGAGUGCCUGCCGACCUCGGACCCAUCCUGGCAGAGGAUCCCAAAGGAACCCCGUCUGCUCCGGAGAAGCUGCACUACACCGACAGAAGCCAGACCACCGUCACAUUGGCGUGGCAACCGCCUCGUACCGACGGCGGCAGCCCCAUCGUCGGCUACUACGUGGAGAAGAUGCGCUCUGACGGCACAGAGUUCGAGCCGGCUAACCGCAAGAUGUUCACUGACUGCUGCGGAACCAUCGAGAACCUGUCGGAGAACCAGGAGUACCAGUUCAGAGUCAAAGCCGUCACCGAGGUCGGGGACGGGGAACCAUCCAAGCCAAUCGACGUCAUGAUCCAAGACGACGAAAUCGCUCCAGUUAUCACCAUCCUGAAGUUCUUCAAGAACAACGCCAUCAACGUAAAGAAAGGAGCGGCCAUCGAUAUCCCGGCAGAGGUGAGGGGACUCCCUCUGCCAACGCUGCGCUGGAUGAAGGACGACGUGGAGAUCCAGGUGCCCGAAGACGAGACGAUGACCAUGGAGACGCAAGAGGUGAACCGCACAACGCUGACGACUAAGAUCGCCAUCCCAGAAACCACCCGGCAGGACAAAGGAAACUACAAGCUGGUGGCCGAAAACUGCUACGGCAAAGCUGAGCACGUCAUCCCGGUGGAAAUCCUCGACCGCCCUCUUCCUCCGAGGAACAUCGUGGUGUCGGACAUCAAGGCCGACUCGUGCUACCUGACGUGGGACGCCCCGGAGGACAACGGCGGCAGCGAGCUCACCAACUACGUCAUGGAGCGCCGCGACGCCAGCAAGAAGAAGUCCGACUUCGAGCUUCUGACCGUCAACCUGAUCGACCGACGAUACGGGGUCUACAAACUGGCCGUGAACGGGCUCUACCAGUUCAGGAUCAAAGCGGAGAACAAAUACGGCGUGAGCGACGGCUGCGACUCGGAGAAGGUGCAGCUGCGGGAUCCGUUCGGCCUCCCGGGACCGCCACGCAACCCCAAAAUCAUCGCUGCCACGGCGACCACCAUGACGCUGACGUGGGACCCCCCGCUGGACAACGGCGGCUCCACCAUCCAGGGCUACUGGCUGGAGAAGCGGGAGCGCGGGGCCGUGUACUGGGGCCGCGUCAACCGCGCGCCCGUCACCAAGCCCUCGGUGAAGGGGCUGCAGUACACCGUGCUCAAACUCAUCGAAGGGUCCGAGUACAAGUUCAGGAUCGCCGCCUGCAACGCGGCGGGAAUCGGACCGCCCUGCGAGGCCACUGAGAGCCGCUUCGCCCUCAACCCCUGCAAGCCCCCCAGCCCCCCCUGCUCCCCCGAGGUUAAAGACAAGACGAAGAGCAGCAUCACGCUGGGCUGGAGCCCGCCAGACCGGGACGGUGGCAGCCCCGUCAGCGGUUACAUCAUCGAGGUGCAUGAGGAGGGCUCUCCUGAUUGGAGGAGGGUGAACCCUGCCGACAAGCUGCACCCGUCCACCGAGAUCACCGUCCCAGACCUGAAGGAGGGCAAGAAGUGCAAGUUCAGGAUCUACGCAGUCAACUCAGCCGGGAACUCUGAGCCCGCCAAGACGGGAGACAUCCUGGUGCAGGACAUCCUGAUCGAGCCGACUGUGAGUCUGGACGUGGGGGCUCAGGAUCUGAUGAACUGCAGGGCGGGAACCAGCAUCAAGAUCACCGCCACCAUCACGGGACGUCCCGCUCCCAAAGUCACCUGGACCUUCGACGGCACCGCCGAGAGCGAGAAGAAGAACGAGCUGCACACGCUGCCCAUCGACUCUGAGGUUCUCUCCACGGCCACGACCUCGACCAUCCUCAUCCCCGAGUGCAAAAUGAACCACAGCGGCCGCUACAUCCUCAACGUGGAGAACGCCGCCGGACACAAAGUGGUCAAAGUCAGAGUCAACGUGCUCGACCUGCCCGGGCCACCCAGAGACUUCACGGUGAGCGACGUGACGAGAGGAACCUGCCGACUCACCUGGAAAGCUCCAGAGAGCGACGGAGGAGAGAGAGUCAAGAGCUACUUCAUCGAGGAGAAGACGGUGACCGGCAAAGCCUGGACCAAGGUGAACCCGGCCUGCAUCGCCCAGUCUCUGGUGGUGGCCGACCUGAUCAACGGUCAGGAGUACCUGUUCCGCAUCCGGGCCGAAAACCGCUUCGGCUUCGGCCCGUACGCCGAGACCGCCGAGGGAAUCAAGGCCAGGGAUCCAGUCCGUCCUCCCGAUCCCCCGACGCGGUUUAAGAUCAAGAGCGUGAGGAAGGGCGCCGUGAAACUGACCUGGAAGGCUCCGAAGAAUGACGGCGGCGCGCCCGUCACACACUACAGCGUGGACCUGCUCUGCUGGGAGGCUGGCAGCGCCCAGAAGGAGUCCUGGAGGAGGUGUAACCGCAGAGACGUGGAAACCACCAGCUAUCGGGUGGAGGACCUGACUGAGGGAGAUGAGUACGAGUUCAGAGUGAUGGCGCACAACUCGGUCGGACCCAGCCGACCCUCGACUACCGUUGGACCUGUCGUCGCCCAGAACCAGACCUGCGCUCCAUCCAUCAAGCUGGAGGAGUUCCUGGAGGUGGAGCAGGGCACCGACAUCAGCAUCGUGGCGAAGAUCCGUGGCUGUCCGUUCCCCACGCUCACCUGGUACAAGGCUCCUCCCCUAAAGUCGGACGCCCAGGUGGAGGUGCAGUACGACGAGCACAUCAACAAGCUGGUGUCGGACGACAGUUGCACGCUGCUGAUCCAGCAGGGCAAGCGGCCCGACACGGGCAUCUACACGCUGGUCGCCUCCAACAUGUUCGGCAAGGCCGCCAAGGAGAUGAGACUGAACGUGCUCGGCCGCCCCGGUGCUCCCUCGGGUCCCAUUAAGUUUGAAGAGAUCGGCGCUGAGCGGAUCACGCUGUCCUGGCUGCCGCCGGCCGACGACGGCGGCUCCAGCAUCACCAACUACGUGAUCUGGAAGACCGUGGCGAGCAGGAAGACGUGGGUGCCCGUCACCACGGAGCCCAAAGAGCGCCUGUGGACAGUGGAGAACCUGAUGCCGGGACACGAGUAUAUCUUCCGCAUCAUGGCGCAGAACAAGUACGGCGUCGGGGACCCGCUUGACAGCGAGCCCGAGGUCGCCAGGGACCUUUACACGAUCCCGGGUCAGUGUGAGAAGCCAACGGUCAGCGGCAUCACGCUGGACUCCAUGACGGUCAGCUGGGAGGAGCCCGAGGACGACGGCGGCACGCCGAUCACCGGCUACUGGCUGGAGAGGAAGGAGACGACGGGCAAACGCUGGGCGCGCGUCAGCCGCGACCCGCUGCGCCCCUCGGGCAUGGGCGAGCAGUUCGUAGUCAGCGGGCUCAUUGAGGGGUCGCAGUACCUGUUCAGAGUCACCGCCAUCAACGCCGCUGGUCCUGGGCCCGUCAGCAAACCCACAGACCCCAUCUUCGCCAGAGACCCCAUCUCCCCGCCCUCUCCUCCCACCCCGAAGGUUUCUGAUUGGACGAAGACCUCGGUGGACCUGGUGUGGAUCCCUCCUCUGAAGGACGGCGGCUCAAAGAUUAUGGGCUACUGGGUGGAGUACAAGGAAGAAGGCACUGAGGCCUGGGUCAAGGCCAAGGAGACGGAAAUCCGCGGCACCCGCUUAGUGAUCGCUGGCCUGAAGACGGGCGGCAAAUACAAGUUCAGGGUCACGGCGUUCAACGCAGCCGGCAACGGCGAGCCAGGAGAAGUCCCCGAGGUGCUGGAGGUCAACGACAGAAGCAUUGCUCCGGAGCUGGACCUGGACGCCUCGGUGAAGGAGCGGAUGGUGGUGCACGCAGGCGGAGUGAUCCGGAUCAUCGCCUACGUGUCAGGCCAGCCGACGCCGGCGGUCACGUGGAGCCGCGGCGGCGCGGCGCUGCCUCUCGAGGCUAAAGUGGAGACGACGGCCAUCAGCUCGUCCAUGGUCAUCAAACCGUGCGCCAGGAAGCACCUCGGCGUCUACACGCUGACCGCCAAGAACGCAGGCGGCGAGGUCACCAAGAACAUCACCGUGGAAGUUCUGGACGUGCCCGGGCCUGUUGGCAUCCCCUUCAUGGCGGAGAACCUGACCAUCGACUCCUGCAAGCUCAACUGGUACUUCCCGGAGAACGAUGGCGGCUCCCCCAUCAGUAACUACGUGAUUGAGAAGCGCGAGGCGGAGCGUAAAGCCUGGACCUCGCUGUCCUUCACCGCCAGCAGGCAGAACGCCGUGGCGCACGACCUCACCCCCGGGAAGGCCUACUUCUUCAGAGUGGCGGCGGAGAACGCCAUCGGCGUCGGACCCUUCGUGUCGACCGCAGCUGAGAUCACCAUCAAGGAACCAAUGAGUGUGCCGGACCGCCCCGAGGAACUCGAGGUUACCAAGGUAACCAAGGAUCUGAUCGCCGUCACCUGGAAGGCGCCCAAGUUUGACGGUGGCUCGGAGAUCACCAUGUACAUCCUGGAGGCGCGUAUGAUCGGCAAAGACAAGUACAGCCGCGUGACCAAGGAGACGCUGAUGGAGAGGAAGUACACGGUGGACGGCCUGAGGGAGGGAGACACCUACGAGUUCAGAGUCAUCGCCGUCAACGAGGUCGGACCCAGCAAGCCGUCCUUCUCCACCAAACCAAUCACCUGCAAGGACGAACUGGAGCCGCCGACCAUUGAGCUGGACUUCCGUGAUAAGAUCAUCAUCCGCGUGGGCGAGAGCUGCCUGCUGCAGGGCCGCUACACCGGCAAACCCUCUCCGUCCAUCAUGUGGUACCAGGACGACGAGGAGCUGAAGGCCGGCAAACACAUCAUGUUCAAGAACACGCUGACCACCAUGUCACUGGGCCUGAUGAAGGCAGAGCGCCACCACAGCGGCAGAUAUAUGGUGCUGGUGGAGAACAGCACCGGCUCCAGAAAGGGCGUCUGCAACAUCACCGUCGUUGACCGUCCCACUCCUCCGGUCGGCCCCGUGGUGUUUGAGGAGGUGCACCGGGAGUUCAUGGUGAUCUCGUGGAAACCUCCAGUGGACAGCGGCGGCAUCCCCGUCUCCAACUACAUCAUCGAGAAGAGAGACAUCAACAGAGACACCUGGACCAUGGUGACGUCCGCCACCACCAAGACCGUCUGCAAGAUCCCGAAGCUAACGGAGGGCAAGGUGUACAUCAUGAGGAUCUGUGCUGAGAACAUGUACGGCAUCAGCGACCCGCUGGAGUCGGAGGAGAUGAAAGCCAAAGACAUAUUCAGAGUCCCCGAGGCCCCCGAGAUGCCAACGGUCCGGGAGGUGUACGCCACCAACGCUCUGGUUCUGUGGAACCGGCCGCGAGACGGCGGGAAGCCCAUCACCAACUACAUCCUGGAGAAGAAGGAGCCCAAGGCCAAGCGGUGGUCCCGGGCCACCAGAGAUCCACUGUACCCGGCCACGCAGUACCGCAUCCAGGACCUGGUGGAGGGCUGCGAGUACGAGUUCAGGGUGAUGGCCGAGAACGAGCUGGGCACCGGAGACCCCAGCGAACCCUCCAAACCCAUCCUCGCCAAGGAUCCCAUCGUGCCUCCGAGCCCCCCAGUGACCCCCGAGGCCUACGAUAAGACCAAAGACACCGUCAGCCUGAGGUGGAAGCUGCCCCGCCACGAUGGGAAGGGCCGUAUCUUCGGCUACCUGGUGGAGUACCAGAAGCCCGGCGCCGUGGAGUGGACGCAGGCCAACGAGACGCCAGAGCAGUGCCCCGACCUGCACUACGUGGUGACGGACUUGGCCGAUGGACAGGAAUACAACUUCAGGAUCUUUACCGUCAACGCCGCUGGCAAAUCUGACCCUUCAUACGUCAAACAGACCAUCAAAGUCCACGACAGACUGGAGGCGCCCGAGUUGCUGCUGGACGCCAACAUGGCCCGUGACCACCUGGCCAUGCUGGGCACCGACAUCACGCUGAGCGCCACCAUUAAGGGCAUACCGACGCCCACCGUCAGCUGGAAGAAGAAUGACGGCGACGUUCCUUCUCACAUCACUGUCGCUGUCACCGCCAGCGGCAGCAAAGUCUUCAUCCCCAAGAGCGCCCGGACAGACUCCGGCAACUACACCAUCACUGUGGAGAACGCCGCGGGAAAGAAAUCAGCAACUGUUGCUGUGCUCGUGCUGAACAAGCCUUCUCCUCCCAGAGACCUGGUGAUCUCGGAGGUGACCCGCGAGUCGGCCUACCUGACGUGGAAGGUUCCCGUUGACAACGGCGGCGCCGUCAUCUCCCACUACGUCGUGGAGAAGAAAGACGUGGCCGCCGACCACUGGGUGCCUGUCUCUGCAGCCAAUAAGAAGCCGAGUCUGAUGGCCAUGUACCUGAUGGAAGGAAUCCAGUACAUGUUCAGGGUGGCGGCUGAAAACCAGUUUGGCAGGAGCGACUACGUGAUGACGAAGCAACCCAUCAAGGCUCUCGAUCCUCUCUAUCCUCCUGGCCCGCCCAAAAACCUGCACCACACUGACGCAGAGAAGACAGAGGUGUGGUUGGCGUGGGACUGGCCCGACCGCACUGGCGGAAGUGAAAUCACCGGCUUCAUCGUGGAGCACCAGGAAGAGGGCCAGACCGACUGGGUCACCUUCAAGACCGUCAGCAACGAACACGCCCACGUCACCGGUCUGGUAGAGGGCAAGACUUACCGCUUCAGGGUCAAAUCUCAGAACGCCAUCGGUGUGAGCAGCCCUGACACCAGCGUCCCCAUCACCUGCCAGGAAAAGACACAGCCACCAACGAUUGAAGUUGAUGUGAAGCUUAUUGAGGGUCUUGUUGUCAGAGCUGGCACUCCUAUUGUCCUUCCAGCCAAGAUGACAGGAAUCCCCAUGCCCACUGCCAAAUGGACGUCCGACGGCAAAGAAAUCGCAUCUGAGGGCCGCUUUAAGAUUGAGUCUGCUGGAGACUCUACCGUCCUCAGUAUCCCUGAGUCCCAGAGAGGAGACUCCGGAGAGUACAUCCUCCAUGUGGCCAAUCCUACCGGCAGCAAGAGCGUUGCGCUGCACGUCACAGUGCUGGAUCUUCCCGGUCCACCCAUUGGACCUGUCAAUAUCUUGGAAGUCACACCUGAUUACAUGAUGAUCCAAUGGAGGGCGCCCAAGGACGAUGGCGGAACGCCUAUCAACAACUACGUUGUGGAAAAGAAGGACGUGAAGAAGCCAUGGGAGCCCUGGUCAGUUGUUAGCUCCAGCGGCAUGAGCACCAAGGCCAAAGUGUCCAGGCUGGAGAAGGGCCGUGAGUACAUUGUCCGUAUCCGUGCAGAGAACAGAAUUGGACUCGGUGCAGGGCUUGAGAGUCCUCCAACUAUUGCAAAGCACAUGUUUAACCCUCCUGGUCCACCUGGCCCGCCAGAGUGCUCUGAUAUCACGGAGAAUGCUGUGACAGUGGAAUGGACCCUGCCUGACUACGAUGGAGGCAGCCCCAUCAGCGGAUAUGUGAUUGAACGCAGAGAAAUGACCGGAAAGUGGAUCCGUGUCAACAAAACUCCCGUGCUGGACCUCAGAUACAGAGUCUCAGGCCUGUUUGAAGGCAAUAGCUACGAGUUCAGAGUGUUCGCUGAGAACGUCGCUGGUAUCAGCGAGCCUUCUCUCUCCUCUGACCCCAUCAAGGCUACUCGUGCCAUCAGCAAACCCGGACCACCUGGUAAUCUUAAACUCAAGGACUGGAGCAAGUCCUACGCCGACAUCUGCUGGACAAAGCCCACAAGAGACGGAGGCAGUCCAAUUCUGGGUUAUGUGGUUGAGGUUCAGAAGUCAGGAUCCGCCAAGUGGGACAGAAUCAACAAGGAACUCAUCACGAUGUGUGCCUACAGAGUGCCAGGCCUCAUUGAAGGAAUGGAGUACAGAAUUCACGUCAGAGCAACCAACAUUGUCGGAGACAGUGAACCCAGGGAGCUGUCUCAGGCGGUCCUCGCAAAGGACAUCCUGGUGCCCCCUGAAGUUGUUGUUGACGUGUCCUGCCGCGACUCUCUGACGGUCAGGGCAGGUCAGAUCAUAAGUUUAAUCACUAGAGUGAAGGGCAGACCAGACCCAGAGAUCACAUGGACCAAGGAUGCCAGAGCCGUAACCCGGGAGAAGCGCAUUGAGAUGAACAACAACUACCCUCUGUGUGAACUCGUCAUCAAUGACGCAGUCAGGUCAGACUACGGUAAAUAUGCCAUUCUGGCCAAGAACAGUAGCGGACAGGCACAGGCGACAAUUAUCGUCAAUGUCUUGGACAUACCAGGAGCUUGCCAGAACUUGAAAGUGGGUUACGUGACCAAGAAAUCCUGCGUGGUUUCUUGGGAGAACCCUGAGGACAACGGAGGCACUGAGAUCAAUCAGUACAUUGUUGAGUGCCGUCAGCCCAGCCAGAGAGGAUGGACUGUCGUGGCCAAUGACUGCACCAAGCGCCUGAUGAAAGUGCCUCUUACUGAAGGCUGCGAGUACUUCUUCCGUGUUAGCGCAGAGAACAAGAUUGGUGCUGGUCCAACCACUGAGACCAAAUCACCUGUGCUUGCUGUUGAUUCUAUUGACAAGCCUGGCGAACCCAAUGACUUCCAAAUCUCUGAGAUCGGCAAGACCUUCUGCUUCCUCAAGUGGAAGAAGCCAGAUUAUGAUGGCGGCAGCCGUAACCUGAGUUACCAUGUUGAGAAGAAGCCAAAGGAGGCAGAGGAGUGGGAGAGGCUUCACAAGGGGGCUAUCAAGGAGACUUACUUCAUGGCUGACAGGUGCAUGGAAAACCAAAUUUACCAGUUCAGAGUUCAGACUAAGAACGAGGGAGGCGAGAGCAACUGGGUUACCACGGCUGAAGUUUUGGUCAAGGAACAGCUUGUGGAGCCUGAAAUCAAGAUUCAACUGGAUGGAACGCUUGUCGUCAAGGCGGGAGACUCCAUUCCCAUCGAGGCAACAGUGAAGGGCAAACCCCAGCCUGAUGUCAAGUGGACCAAAGACGAGAGCGAAAAGGAGAUAAGGAAAGGCCCCAGGCAUCAAGUUGAAACUGGUUCUGACUUCUCGAAGCUGCUGAUUACCGGAGCAAGGCGUACUGACAGCGGGGUAUACGUUGUUACGGCCUCCAACAGCGCUGGAACCGGCUCUGCUCGUGCAAAGGUGAAUGUACUGGAUCGACCCGGCCCCAUCAGGGAUCUCAAAGUGUCUGGUAUCACCACAGACAGGUGCCAUUUGGCCUGGGAAGUCCCAGAGGACGAUGGUGGCUGCGAUAUCUACAACUACAUUAUUGAGAAAAGUGAUACCAAGAGGGGAGUCUGGUCAGUCCACACCAACGCUGUCAUCACCAACAAAGCUAACGUCACCCGUCUCAUCGAGGGCAACGAGUAUAUCUUCAGAGUUCGUGCUGAAAAUAAGAUGGGUCCCGGCCCUGCGGUGGAGAGUGAAGCCAUUGUUGCCGGCACCCAGUUCAGUGUACCUGGCGCUCCUGAGGCGCCAGAGGUCACCAAGAUCGGCAAGGAGGAGAUGACUGUGCAGUGGUCCGAGCCCGAGAAAGACGGCGGAAAGCCAAUCACAGGUUAUCUAUUGGAGAAGAUUGAAGAGCAUGGCGUUAGGUGGUCUCCUGUCAACAAGGAUCCAGUCCCUACAACUCGUUUCACAGUUACUGGACUCCUGCCCCUCCACGACUACCAGUACAGAGUCAAGGCGGUUAAUGAAAUUGGCAUUGGCAGCCCAAGCAAGCCUUCACGUGCCAUCACUGCCAAGGACACCGUUGAACCUCCUGCACCUCCUACCAACAUGAAAGUCCUGGACAGCACCUUGUCCAGCGUCACCCUGGGCUGGACCAAGCCCGUGACCGACGGUGGAGCUCCCCUCAUUGGCUACGUUGUGGAGAUGAGGGUACAGGGAAGUGCCAAGAAAGGAGACGAAGGUUGGAAGAGAUGCAACGUAGCAGCUCAGCUGGUCGUGUGCGAGUUCACAGUCUCGAGUCUGGACCACAAGCUUUUGUAUGAAUUUAGAGUGUCGGCUCAGAACCAGGUGGGCAUGAGUCUGCCCUGUGACCUCGGGGCUCCUGUGAUCCCCAAGGAGAUCCAAGAGUCGCCAGAGAUUGAUUUGGACGCCAGCCUGAAGCAGGGCCUGACGGUGAGAGCCGGCUGUCCCAUCAGACUGUGGGCCACCAUCAGAGGCAGACCGCCUCCCACCGUCACCUGGAGGAGGAUGGGCAUCGACAACGUGGUCCGGAAGGGAAAAGUCGACAUCAUUGAUACUAUGACCUUCCUGGUGAUCCCCGACAGCACCCGCUACGACUCAGGCAAAUACUGCCUGACGCUGCGCAGCACUGCCGGAGAGAAGGCCGUGUUCGUUGCUGUUAAAGUUCUGGACACCCCGGGACCUGUAGAAAAUCUGGAAGCUACUGACAUCAAGCAGACGUCGGCCAUGCUGGCCUGGACUCCUCCGGAGACCAACGGCGGCAGCGAGAUCACACACUACAUCGUCGAGAAGCGCGCGAUCGACCGCAAGACGUGGGCAAUGGUCAAGGCAGAUGUUGAGAUUGAUAAGAUUCCCUUCAAAGUCAGCGGCCUGGCGCCAGGCACCGAGUACUACUUCAGAGUCUCAGCGGUCAACGAGUACGGCUCCGGAGUUCCCAGAGUGACGCCCACUUCCUACCUGGCUUCUGAUCCCGUCAGCAAGCCUGAUCCUUGUGAGAAGAUCGAGGUUCUGGAGAUCACUAAGAACAGCGCUGUAGUCGGCUGGGUGAAACCGGCCAGGGACGGCGGUGCCAAGAUCGAUGGUUAUGUUGUUGAAUACAUCGAGGUGAAACCUCCUCCAGAGCCUCCAGCACCUGUGGAGGUUCCCGAGGGAGAAGAAGCUCCGCCUCCGCCCCCGCCUCCCCCGCCCCCCGUGGAAGAGGAGGACGAGGACAAAGAGCCGGAGAAGGAAGUGUGGAACGCCUACACCACGGUGAAAGGGUUGUCCAUCAGCAUCAGCGGCCUGAAGGAGGGCAAGAGGUACAAGUUCAGAGUGGCGGCCAAGAACAUGAUGGGCCAGAGCUCAUUCACCGAGACCCGGAAGCCAAUCGAAGUCAAGGAGCAGAUGCUGGAGCCAAAGAUCGUCAUGCCAGAGACGGUGAGCGCCAGAGCCAAAGCCAAGCUCAGAGUGGAGGCUCUGGUUUCUGGAAAACCCGCCCCGACCUGCAAGUGGUUGCGCGGCGAGGACGCGGUGGUGCCAUCCAGCCGUCUGGCUGUGCACCAGUCCGGAAACCUGUGUGUCCUGAUCAUCAAAGACGUGUCGAGGACCGACACUGGAGAGUACAGCCUGGUGGCCGAGAACAGCUCCGCAAAGGUGGUCGAGACCGUCAAGAUUAUCAUCAGAGACAUCCCCGGGCCUCCCGAGGGCCCUGUGGUGAUCAGCGACAUCGACGCCGAUGCCUGCUCUCUGUCCUGGAACAAACCGCUGGAGGACGGAGGCAGCAACAUCACCAACUACGUGGUGGAGAAAUGUGACGUGAGUAGAGGCGACUGGGUGACAGCUGUCUCUUCUGGUACGAAAACCAGCUGCAGGCUCGGAAAGCUCGUCCCCGGGAAGGAGUACGUGUUCCGUAUCCGUGCUGAGAACCGUUACGGAGUGUCAGACCCCACGCAGUCUGACAGGAUGGUUGCAAGGUUCCCCUUCGAUGUUCCUAGUGAGCCCCUCAACUGUCGCAUCAACAAGACCAACAAGGACUGCAUGUUCGUGGCCUGGGAUAAGCCCGAGAACGACGGCGGCAGUCCCAUCACAGGUUACUACAUCGAGCGUAAGGAGAGGAACAGCCUGCUGUGGGUGAAGGCCAACGACACCAUCAUCCGCACCUUGGAGUACCCGUGCGCCGGCCUCAUUGAGGGCCUGGAGUACAUUUUCAGAGUGUCUGCCAUCAACCGUGCUGGCCAGGGCAAACCGAGCAAGAAGACAGACUUUGUCACGGCUAGAACGCCUAUCGACACUCCAGGUAAACCUGAGAUUCUGGAUGUUACCAAGAACUCUGUCACUCUGGUUUGGACCCGUCCGAAGAACGAUGGUGGCAGCAGGAUCAUUGGCUACUACGUUGAGUCCCUGCAGCUGCCCGGAGACACCUGGAUACGUUGCAACACCAGCAGCCAGAACUGCCCGAGGGAGGAGUACAAAGUGACUGGGCUGGAGAGAGACCUGCAGUUCCAGUUCAGAGUCAUCGCCAAAACUGCUGUCAACAUAAGCAAACCCUCCGAGCCCACAGACCCCGUCUUAGUCUGCGCUGAGAACGUUCCCCCGAGGGUGGAGAUCAAUGCCAAGAUGCAGAAGGGUUUGAGGGUGAAGGCCGGAUCCACGAUCCUCCUGGAGGCUGAGGUGUUCGGUAAGCCUAUGCCCAAAGUGACGUGGAAGAGAGGCGAUGACAGUCUGAAAUCAGGUGACAGCCAGACCCUCACCCAACAGAGGAAUCACUUCCAGCUGGAGAUGACAUCCGUCACCAAGGAGCAGACAGGAACUUACGCCAUUCUGGCCGAGAACGCCAGCGGCUCCAAGACCGCCGAAAUCCAGGUCAACGUCCUGGAUGUGCCCGGCCCUCCUUCCAACGCCAAAUACCUCGAGGUGUUUGCCACAAGUAUCAAGAUGUCCUGGGAGCCUCCUCUGAAGGACGGUGGCGCUGCCAUCACCAACUACAUCGUGGACAAGCGUGAGACCAGCAGAGCCAACUGGGCCCAGGUCUCCACCAAGAUCAAGGCCGACCACCUCGAGCUCAACGUGGAGAAGCUAAUCGAGGGACACGAGUACCAGUUCCGAAUCCGCGCAGAGAACACGUGGGGAGUCGGAGACCCCCUCAUUACCAACUCUGUCAUGGCCAAGAACCCAUUCACUGUCCCUGGCCCCUGCGAGGCCCCAGUGAUCACCAACGUGACCAGAGAUUGUAUGACUGUGAGCUGGAAGGAGCCUGCCGAUGAUGGCCUGUCCCCUAUCCUGGGCUUCAUGCUGGAAAAGAAAGAGACCAAGGAGCUGAACUGGACCAAGGUGACCAGGAAGCCCAUAACCGAGAGGAGCCUGGAAGUUACAGGCCUCACAGAGGGCUCCGAGUACAGCUUCAGAGUCAGUGCCGUCAACCAGGCAGGGCUUGGCAAACCCAGCGAGCCCUCGGCCGGCACCACUGCACAGAAUCCAAUCACUCCUCCUGGCCCCGUUGUGAACCCAAGUGUGUCCAACAGUUCCAACAGCACUAUCAGCCUCACCUGGACUGCCCCCGCCAACAAUGGCGGGAGCCCCAUCAUUGGAUACUUGGUGGAGUGCAAAAAGGCUGACACCGCAAACUGGACCCGCUGCAAUGUCCCCAGGAACCUGCAGGAGACCAGCUACACCAUCCAGAACCUUACACACAAGGACGAGUACCAGUGCCGCAUCACUGCAGUCAACAAGGUCGGCUUCAGCGAGCCAGUUGAAGUACCCGGCAAGCAUAUUGUCAAGGCCAUCAUGAUUGCUCCUGAGGCAGAGCUGAGUGCAGAGCUGAAGGAUGGCCUGGAGCUGCGCGCUGGCUCCACCAUGAGGCUGUACGCCACCUACAAGGGCACCCCCACUCCAAGGAUCACCUGGGCAAAGAUGAACAGCAACCUCAAGGACCGCCAGGGUGUUAUCAUUAAAACCACCAACAACGACACCACCGUGAUUGUGGAGAAGGUCAACAGAUAUGAUGCCGGCAAAUACAUCCUGAACCUGGAGGGCGUGGCUGGCAUGAAGAUGUACACCAUCAUUGUCAAGGUCUUCGAUACUCCCGGACCACCGGCCAACCUGAUAGUGAAGGAGGCAUGCAAGGACAGCGCCUCCAUGUACUGGGACACUCCUCUGAUUAACGGUGGCCACGACGUCACCCACUACAUUGUGGCGAAGCGUGACACAGAGAGGAAGGCCUGGUCCAUCGUCUCUGACAACUGCCCCAACACAUCGUUCAAGGUGCCGGACCUGGACGCCGGACGCUCCUACUGCUUCAAAGUGGCAGCGGUUAACCAGCUCGGUGUCGGAGAGUGGUGUGAGACUGCUGACUCUGUCAAAGCAUCUGAGGAGCCUGGGCCUGUCAUGGACUUCAAGACUCUGCUGGUUACCAAGGACUCCUGCACUCUGAGCUGGAAGAAACCGCUCACCGACGGUGGCAGCCGCAUCAUCUGCUACGUGCUGGAGGUUCUCAUUGGUGACGACAAUUACAAGGAGCUUAUGAGGUCCAAGAACAUGCAGUACAGCGCCAAGGACCUGGUGGAGGACAGAGAGUACACAUAUAGAGUCAAAGCUGUUAACGACUCGGGAGAGAGCGCUGCCAAGGAGCUGAAAGUGGUUGCCAAGGACGUGAUCAUUCCUCCCAGCCUUGACUUGAGGGAGCUGCCCAACAUGUGCUACAUCGCCAAAGAGGGCAGCAUCGUACGUCUAAGGAUCCCGAUCAUCGGCAAACCUACGCCCAAAGUGUCCUGGAAGAAGGGAGAUGAUGAAGACCUGACAGACAGUGGCCGAGUGUGCGCCGAGUCUUCUGCGGUCAACACCACCCUCCUGAUCAGAGACUGCCAGAGGAGUGAUGCUUCCAAGUACACCAUCACCCUGAGGAGCAAAGCUGGAACCAAGGAGUCCACCAUCUUCAUCAGGGUGGUGGGUAAACCUGGCGUUCCUAUUGGACCCAUCAAGUUUAAAGAUGUAACUGCCGACGGUGCUACGCUGAAGUGGGUGGCUCCCAAAGAUGACGGCGGGUCAGAGAUCACCAACUACAUCCUAGAAAAGAGGGACUUCAUCACCAACAUGUGGGUGACUGUGUCCUCCACUGUGGAGACCAACACCAUGAGGGUGACGGGUCUCCAUGAGGGCACAGAGUACAUCUUCAGAGUUAGCGCUGAGAACAAGUACGGCGUCGGAGAGGGACUCAAGUCUGAGUCCAUCAUUGCUAAACAUCCAUUCAAUGUUCCCGAUGCUCCUCCUCCACCUCAGAUUAUGAACAUGUGCCACAACUCGGCUUACCUGGCUUGGUUUGACCCCAGGAAGACUGGAGGCUCUCCCAUCACAGGCUACCAUGCUGAGUUCAAAGAGAGGAACAGUAUGUUGUGGAAGCGUGCGAGCCCGAACGCCCUGAGGAUGAAGGAACACAAGGUAACUGGGCUGACUGAAGGUCUGGAGUACGAGUUCAGAGUCAUGGCAAUCAACCUGGCUGGCAUUGGUAGACCAAGUGCUCCCACCGACCCACAAGUGGCCCUGGACGCCAUUGAUGCCCCUGGAAAACCUGACGUGAUCAGCAUCACCAGAAGCACCGUGACCCUCCAGUGGACCGAGCCAGAGCUCGACGGCGGCCACAGACUGACUGGCUACAUCGUUGAGAAGCGUGACCUGCCUUCUAAGAUCUGGGUGAAGGCCAACAACGUGAAUGUUGUGGAGCCUGCAUUCACUGUGACCGAGCUGCAGGAGGGCUGCAAAUACGAGUUCAGAAUCAGGGCAAAGAAUUCUGCCGGAGCUAUCAGCCCGCCGUCCGAGCAGACUGAUACUAUUAUCUGCACAGAUGAAUAUGCUUCACCAACCAUUAUUAUCGAAGCACAGGUUAAGGAGGGUCUGACUGUCCGAGCCGGAGAUACUAUUGUCAUCACUGCCGCAAGCAUUUUAGGCAAACCUGCGCCAACCUCAUGCUGGUCAAAGGGAGGAAAGUAUUUCAAACCCUCUGAUCUUGUAAAUAUUGAGACCACUGCGACUUCCUCCACUCUGUCCAUCAAGUACGCCAGCAGGAAGGACUCUGGAGAUUACGUCAUCACUGCCAGCAAUCCCUUCGGUGUGAAGGAGGAAACGGUCAAGGUCACAGUUUUGGAUGUUCCUGCUGCUCCUGGACCCAUCGAAUGCAGCGGUAUUUCCUCCGAAAAGGUCACUCUUACCUGGGCAGUUCCUACCAAGGACGGAGGCUCUCCUAUCAAGCAUUACACCCUGGAGAAGAGAGAGACCAGCCGCCUGCUCUGGACUGUCCUGGAAGACAACAUUAUCGACUGUCACUAUGUGGCCACCAAGCUUAUCCAGGGCAAUGAAUACUUCUUCAGAGUCUCUGCUGUAAACCAGUAUGGUGCCAGUGAGCCAUCGCACUCUGAUGCAGUCAAGAUGGUUGAUAGAUUCGGUCCUCCUGGUCCCCCAUCUAAACCAGAGGUUGAGAAAGUCAACGGACAUUCAGCCACUCUGACCUGGAGGAGACCAGCCGACGAUGGAGGAAGUGACAUCAUAGGUUACUGUGUUGAGAAGAAGGAGAAAAAGGGAAUGAGAUGGGUCAGGGCGUCCAAGAAAUCCAUAAGUGAGCUCACCUUUGAAGUUACCGGUCUCACCACGGGUAUAGAGUACGAGUUCCGUGUUCUUGCUGAGAACAAAGCUGGCUUUGGAGAGCCAAGUGAACCAUCGAUGCCUGUCAGAACAAAAGAGGAGGCCUUUGUGCCUGGACCUCCAGUCAAUCCAAGAGUCACAGACACAACCAAGACCACUGCCACUCUAAACUGGGGUAAACCUCUUGAUAAUGGUGGACUUGAAGUCACUGGAUACAUGAUUGAGCACAAAAAGGAAGGAACAGAAGAAUGGGUUAAGGACACCCCUUCAUCUCCACUUAGGAUCACAGAGUUUGUUGUUCCCAAUCUAGAAACAGGUGCUAAAUACCACUUCAGAAUUAGCGCUGUGAAUGCUAUGGGAGCAGGUGAACCUGCAGAAACUCAAGAACUGAUUGAGAUUGUGGAGCGUUCAGCUGAACCUGAUUUUGAGCUUGAUGUUGAGCUGAGAAGAACCCUUGUUGUCAGGGCUGGCUGCUCCAUUCGCCUCUUUGUGCCGAUCAAGGGACGUCCUACGCCUACCGUCACCUGGACCAAGGAAGGUGGUCCUGUCCCACGCGCAGUUAUUGACAGCACUGAGUCAUUUACAAUGCUGAUCAUUCCUGAGAGUUCAAGGAAUGAUGCGGGUAAAUACGAGCUUACCCUCGAAAAUUCAGCUGGAAAGAAGAGUGCUGAUGUACAUGUGAGAGUUCUAGGUUCACCUGGACCUCCACUCAACCUAAAACCAGUCAAGAUUGACAAGGAAAGCAUUACUCUUCAGUGGGAGAUGCCUAUGAUUGAUGGUGGAGCCAAGGUCACAAACUACAUCAUCGAGAAAAGAGAAACAACACGCAAGGCUUUUGCUACUGCUAUUACAAAGUGCCCCACCACUUCAGUCAGGAUUGGUGACCUGUGUGAAGGCUGUGAGUACUACUUUAGAGUGUCUGCCGAGAAUGAGUAUGGCAUUGGUGAGCCGGCUGAAACCGCUGAUCCAAUUCGUGCAUCACAGGCACCAUCUCCUCCAGUGAGUAUUAUUCCUACUGAUGUCACCAAGAACUCUGUGAGCCUGGCUUGGACCAAACCCAAGCAUGAUGGUGGCAGCAGAAUUACAGGAUAUGUCCUUGAAGCCCAGAAGAAGGGAACUGAUCAGUGGGCACAUGUUACAACAGUCAAGAACAUGGACUUCACAGUGAAGAAUCUUAAUGAGAUGGAGGAGUACAUUUUCCGCGUAAUGGCUGUCAACCUCUCGGGUAGAAGUGCUCCACGUGAAAGCAAACACAUCACUGUCAGGGAUUCUACUUCCCUGCCCGAGUUUGACCUCCGUGGUGUAUGUCAGAAGACCAUUAUUGCCAAGGCAGGAGAUGACAUCAAGGUUGAAAUUCCAGUUAUGGGACGUCCUAGACCAACUAUCUCUUGGCAAAAGGAUGGCUCAGCCCUGAAGCUCACACAGAAAACCAAUGUGGAAACUACUUCUGCUACAGUUAUCCUCAGCAUCAGUGAAUGCACCAGAGCUGACAGUGGUGUCUACACCAUGACUGGAAAGAAUAUUGUUGGUUCUGUGACAGACAACAUCAUUGUCAAAGUACAUGAUGUACCUGGGCCACCCAAGGGACCGGUUACCAUCGUGGAGAGAUCUCGUACCUAUUGCGUCUUUGCAUGGGACACUCCUGAGAAUGACGGAGGGGUUCCAAUCAACAAUUAUGUGGUCGAGAUCAGAGACACCACUUCCCAAACGUGGACAGAGCUGUCUUCCACUGUCAUCCGUACCAUGUUCAAAGCCAUUCGCUUAACCACUGGAUCAGAGUACCAGUUCAGAGUAAAAGCUAAAAACAGAUAUGGUGUUGGGCCUCCCAUCACCUCAGAGGCAGUUGUGGCUGCCUAUCCAUUCAGAGCUCCUGGACCUCCUGGUACUCCUGGUGUUGUUGCAUUUACCAAGGACUCAAUAACAAUUGGCUGGAACGAGCCUGUGGCUGAUGGUGGAAAUGAAGUCAUUGGUUAUCAUGUUGAGAGGAAAGAAAGAAGCAGCAUCGUGUGGCAAAAGAUCAGCAAGUCUCUUGUGAAAGGAAACAUCUUCAAAUCCACUGGGCUUGAAGAUGGAAUUGCCUAUGAGUUCCGCGUCAUGGCUGAAAACAUGGCUGGAAUUGGUAAGCCAAGUAAGGCCUCAGAACCAAUAUUGGCCUUGGACCCAGUAGACCCACCAGGUCAGCCUGUGCCAAUAUUUGUCAACAAGAAUGUUAUCACCAUUGAGUGGACAAAGCCUGAGUAUGAUGGUGGUUUCAAAAUCACUGGCUACACAGUGGAGAAGAAAGAACUGCCUGCUGGCCGCUGGAUGAGAGCCAACUUCACCAACAUCACUGAGACGACAUUCACUGUCAGUGGACUGACUCAAGAUGCCUCCUAUGAGUUCCGUGUUGUAGCCAGAAACUCAGCAGGCGCAGUGAGCGUGCCCUCUGAGCCCUCAGAUCCAAUUACCUGCAAAGAUGACAUUAUUGAGCCACGUAUUAUGGUUGAUGCCAUCUUUAAGGAUGUUGUUCUAAUAAAGGCAGGAGAGUCAUUUAAGCUUGAUGCUGACAUCGCUGGUCAACCAACCCCAUCUAUGGUUUGGACCAAGAAUGGAAAGGAGGUUGAGAACACGAUGAAACUGCAGUUGAAGUUCACAGAACUGACAACCACUCUGACCAACAAGGACUCUAUCAGAACAGAUGGAGGAGAAUUUGUUUUGACUGCCACUAAUGUUGGUGGAUUUGCUAAGCACAUCUUUAAUGUUAAAGUGCUUGACAGACCUGGACCACCAGUUGGACCUCUUGACGUGUCUGAUGUCAACGCUGACAGCUGCUUGCUCACCUGGGCUCCACCUGCAGAUGAUGGAGGUGCCAAGAUUGAAGGAUAUGUGAUUGAGAAGCGCGAGUCAAGCAGGCUGGUUUGGACCAAUGUGGUUUCCGACCUGCAAGUUACACAAUUCAAGGUGACCAAGCUGCUCGAAGGAAAUGAAUACAUCUUCAGAGUUAUGGCAGUAAACAAAUACGGACUUGGUGAGUGUCUUGAUUCAGCACCCACUAUUGCAGCCAAUCCAUAUGUGGUUCCAGAUCCUCCAGGGAAUCCUGAGGUGACAGCGAUCACCAAAGAUUCAAUGUUUGUUAUGUGGCAAGCACCUGUGAGUGAUGGUGGAACUCCCAUCACCAACUACAAUAUUGAAAGGAAAGACAGAAUAGGCCUACGCUGGGUCAAAUGCAACAAGAGGAAGGUCAAAGAUCUGCAAUUCAAGGCAACAGCCCUUGUUGUUGGACAUGAAUAUGAAUUCAGAAUAAUUGCUGAGAAUGCUGCUGGAUUGAGUGCACCAAGUGCUUCAAGUCCAUUCUACAAGGCCACUGAUGUACUGUACGCGCCAGGGGCCCCAUGCAACCCAAGAAUCUUGGACACAACCAAGUCCUCAAUUACUGUCGCCUGGAACAAACCUGUAUACGACGGUGGCUCUGAUGUCACUGGUUACAUUGUGGAGACCUGCAUCCCAUCUGAAAAGGAAGAAGAGGAGGAAUGGACCAUUGUGACACCCAAAGAAGGACUCCUUGCCACCUCAUUCACCAUUAUUAACCUGAAGGAGAACCAGGAGUACAAGAUUAACAUCUCUGCUGUCAACAGUGAAGGAGUUGGAGAGGCAGCAUCUGUACCUGGCAAUCCCAAGGCAGAGGACAGGCUUCUCCCACCUGAGAUUGAUUUGGAUGCUGAGCUCCGCAAAGUUGUUAAUCUUAGAGCUUGCUGCUCACUUAGACUGUUUGUGCCUAUCAGAGGCAGACCUGCUCCUGAGGCCAAAUGGACCAAAGAAGAUGGUGAGCGUGUUGAGAGGGCAACCAUUGAAAGCACAACAUCAUACACGUCUCUUGUAAUUGGAAAUGUCAACAGAUUUGACAGUGGAAAGUAUAAUCUCACAGUUGAAAACAGCUCUGGCUCCAAGACAGUUACAGUCCAAGUCAAGGUGCUUGACACACCAAGUGCCCCACAGAAUCUCAAGAUUAUCACUGUAACAAAUGAAUCAGUCACUCUGACAUGGGAUCCACCAGUAAAUGAUGGAGGAGUUAAGAUUAACAACUAUAUUGUUGAAAAACGUGAGUCCACAAGGAAAGCAUAUGCCACAGUCAGUGCUAACUGCCAUCAAACCACCUUCACAGUAGACCAUCUCUUGGAAGGAUGCAACUAUUACUUUAGAGUUUUGGCUGAGAAUGAAUAUGGCAUUGGGUUACCCAUUGAGUCUGGGGAAUCAAUUAAAGUUUCUGAGAAACCACAGCCACCUGGCAAAAUCACUCUUAAGGAUGUUACCAAGAACAGUGUCACCCUCUCCUGGGAGAAGCCAGCGCAUGAUGGUGGCAGCAGAGUGGGCUGUUAUGUUGUUGAGAUCCAGCCUAAAGGUGUUGAUAAGUGGACACAGUCUAUGAUUGUAAAGGAAACAGAAGCUACUAUUAGUGGACUUAAUGCAGGUGAAGAAUACAUGUUCCGUGUAGCAGCAAGAAAUGAGAAGGGAACAAGUGACCCACGUCAAAUCGGUGUGCCUGUGAUCGUAAAAGAUCUAGUGAUUGCUCCUGUUGCCAAAAUGUUAUUCAACACAUUCAGUGUGAUGGCAGGAGAAGACCUGACAGUAGACGUUCCUUAUGUUGCACGUCCCAAAGCAAAUGUCUCCUGGGUAAAAAAUGGUGAGCCUCUGAAAAGAACUUCCAGAGUCAACUUUACUGCAACUGACACAAUGCUGAACCUCAUAAUAAAAGAGGCUACAAGAGAUGAUGUUGGAAAAUACGUUAUUACUUUAAGCAACACAGCAGGAGAGACAACAGCAGACAUUGGCAUUGUUGUACUAGACAAACCCAGCCAGCCGGGUGGUCCAGUUAAGGUGGAGGCAGUUACGUCUGACAGUGUAACCAUGUCCUGGAACCGACCAGAAUAUGAUGGUGGUUGCACUAUCAAACACUAUAUUGUGGAAAAGAGAGACACAUCCGCAAAUACCUGGGUGGUUGUAUCUCCUAACCUUGCAAGGACCAAAAUCAAGGCAGGCAGACUGAAGACUGGCUCCGAGUAUCAGUUUAGAAUCACAGCAGAAAACAGAUAUGGAAAAGGCCCAACUCUUCUCUCAGAGUGUAUUGUGGCUCAAUACCCAUACAAGCUCCCAGGACCCCCAGGAACACCCAACAUUGCAGUCUGCACCAAGGACAGCAUGGUGGUUGUCUGGAAUGAACCUGUGAAUGAUGGUGGAAGCACUGUAUUGGGUUACCAUAUUGAACGCAAAGAGAGAAACAGCAUCAUGUGGGUCAAACUUAACAAGUCUCUUAUUACUGACCAAACCUUCAAGACCACUGGUCUCGAACCAGGAAUGGAGUACGAGUACAGAGUUUAUGCUGAAAACAUUGUCGGAAUAGGCAAAAUGAGCAAAGUGUCUGAGGGGCGUGUUGCUAGAGAUCCUUGUGAUCCCCCUGGCACCCCAGAGGCAACAAAGAUCUCUAAGGAUUCUGUGACCAUUGCAUGGGACAAGCCUGAAUAUGAUGGUGGUGCGAAGGUUACAGGCUACGUUGUGGAAAAGAAGGAGCUUCCUGAAGGUCGUUGGCUGAAGGCUAACUUCACCAACAUCAUUGAGACAGAAUAUGUUGCAACUGGACUUGUGCAGGACAAUCAGUAUGAGUUCCGUGUCAUUGCCAGAAAUGCUGCUGGUGUUUUCAGUCUGCCCUCUUACAGCACUGGUCCUAUCACUGCCAAGGAUGAGAUUGAACCACCACGCCUCAGCAUUGACCCAGAGUACACACAAACUGUUGUGGUUAAUGCUGGAGACAACUUCAAGAUUGAUGCAGAUGUUCAUGGCAAACCCUUGCCCUCUAUCCACUGGAUGAAGGGAGGGCAGGAACUGGGCAAUACUAUUCAUAGAGAAAUUAAGAACACACCCAUCAAAGCUUUUAUAUCUGUCAAGGAAGCUAAACUUUCCGAUGGAGGCCAAUACACUCUGCUGCUGAAAAAUCCAGGAGGAGAAAAGGCUGUACAGGUCAAUGUAGUUGUUCUAGAUAAACCUGGAGAACCAGAGGGACCUCUUUCUGUUACAGGAAUAACCAAAGACCGAUGCUGCCUUUCAUGGAAACCACCUCUACAAGAUGGUGGCAGCAAGAUCUCACACUACAUAGUAAAUAGGAGAGAGACAAGCAGGCUUGCCUGGACUGUUGUUGACUCAAAACUUGAGAAUACUUGUUUAAAGGUUACUAAGCUCCUGGAGGGAGAUGAGUACAUCUUCAAGGUCCAAGCUGUCAACCAAUUUGGAGUGGGUGCAUCACUUGAGUCUGCUCCUGCCAUAAUCAAAGAUCCAUAUGCAGCCCCUGGAACACCCAAGAGCUUGGAAGUUUCAGAUAUUAGAAAGGAUUCAAUGGUGCUCACCUGGGAGGCACCUGCUGAAGAUGGAGGCAGUCCUAUCACUGGAUACAUAAUUGAGAAACAUGACAAAGAAGGUGUAAGAUGGACCAGAUGCAACCGAACAACAGUCACUGACUGUACUUUCAAGGUCACUGGACUCAUGGAAACCCAUAUCUAUGAAUUCAGAGUUGCAGCUGAGAAUGGUGUAGGUUCUGGUGAGCCAAGCACCCCAACUGUAUUCUUUAAAGCUCUUGAUCCCAUCUUCAGGCCUGGUCCACCACACAAUCCAAAAGUAACUGACACAACUAAAACAUCAGUAUUCCUGUCAUGGGGCAAGCCCGUCUGUGAUGGAGGCUGUGAGAUUCAGGGAUACAUUGUUGAGUGCUGCACUACCAUAGAGUCAGCAGUGCCAGCUGAGGCCCCUGCUGAGGCCCCUGCUGAAUCCCCAGCUGAAGCCCCAGCUGCAGAGGGAGCUGCCAAAGAUGCCAUUGCUGAGGAAUGGACAAUGUGCACACCACCAACAGGUAUCAAGAAGAUGAACUUUGAAGUUGCUAACCUGAAGGAAAACCAGGCAUACAAGUUUAGAGUAUGUGCUAUCAACAAAGUUGGAGUUGGUGAGCAUGCUGAUGUCUCUGGAGCUGUUGUUGCCCAGGACAGGGCAGAAGAGCCAGACCUUGACAUUGACCCAGAACUGAGAAAUAUUGUGACCAUUAAAGCUGGAGCUUCCCUUAGACUGUUUAUUCCCAUCAAAGGAAGGCCCACUCCUACCAUCAAGUGGGACAAAGAUGAAGCUGCCCUUAAAGAGACAGCUCAGAUUGAGGUGACCAGCAGUUACACAUCCCUUGUGAUUGACAAGAUGAGCAGAAAUGACAGCGGAAAAUACACCAUCACUGCAGAAAACACCAGUGGAACCAAAUCUGCAUUUGUUGUUGUCCGUGUUCUCGACACACCCAGUGCCCCUGUUAACUUGAAAGUGAAGGAAAUAACCAACCAGUCGGUGACACUGGCAUGGGAGCCACCUCUGUUGGAUGGUGGGUCGAAGAUCAAGAACUACAUCAUUGAAAAGAGAGAAAGCACACGCAAAACAUAUGCAGCUGUUGCAACAAAUUGUCAUGCUCUUUUGUGGAAGGUUGAGCCACUCCAGGAGGGUUGUAGUUACUACUUCCGAGUCCUUGCUGAGAAUGCACAUGGUGUUGGCCUGCCUGCAGCAACCGCAGAUCCUCUUAAGGUCUCAGAGGUGCCCCAGUCUCCAAAGGCCUUGAUUGUUACAGAUCAAACCAAAACAAGCAUUUCUUUGGCAUGGGAGAGGCCUGAGUAUGAUGGUGGUAGCAGAGUCAUGCAGUACCUGCUCGAGGUGCAGCUUAAGGGCCAGGAAAAGUGGAAUAGUGUUAACACAUUUAAGACAAUGGAGGCUACUGUUUCCAAACUGAACCCUGGAGAGGAAUAUUUGUUUAGAGUCAUUGCAAUCAAUGAUAAGGGAAAGAGUGACCCCAAAGUCCUUUCUGGUCCAGUGAUGACCAAGGACUUAGUCUUUGAACCAGAUAUUCGACCAGCAUUCAGCAGCUACAGUGUCAAAGUGGGCAAAGACAUGAAAGUUGACAUUCCCUUCUUUGGACGACCUAAGCCAUCAGUCUCAUGGAGUAAAGAUGGAGCUCCUUUGAAGUUCACUACCAGAGUCAACAUUAUCAACACACCAACACAUACAACACUGAGCAUUAAGGAGGCAGCAGGUGAUGAUGGUGGAAUGUACAGCAUAAAUGUUGCUAACGCAGCUGGAAAGAAGGACACAACAGUUGAAAUCAUUGUCCUUGACAAGCCUAGCCCUCCAUCCGGCCCUGUGAGGUUCGAUGAAAUCACAACACAGAGUGUCACUCUUUCAUGGGAUCCACCCAAGCACAAUGGUGGCUGCCAGAUUUCUAACUACAUUGUACAAAAGAGAGAUACUACUACAACAACAUGGGAAAAUUUCAGCAUCAACCAUGCCAGAACAACCAUCAAAGUGCCCAGACUGAAGACUGGAGCCGAGUAUCAGUUCAGGAUCAUUGCUCAGAACCGCUAUGGCAAGAGUCAAGGUCUGGAUUCCUCUGCCGUGGUAGCUCAGUACCCAUACAGAGAGCCAGGCCCACCAGGCACUCCCUUCAUCUCUUCUCUCUCAAGGGACCACCAGAUUGUUGAGUGGCACGAGCCUGUCGCAGAUGGAGGCAGUGCUGUCCUUGGCUACCAUCUUGAAAGGAAAGAGAGAAAUAGUAUUCUCUGGGUCAAGAUCAACAAAACACUUCUUCAUGAGCCUUGUUUCAAGAGUUAUCCCUUGGAGGAAGGUAUUGAGUAUGAAUACAGGGUUUAUGCUGAAAAUAUAGUUGGCAUUGGCAGGUGCAGUAAGAUCUCAGAGGGCUGUGUUGCCCGUGACCCAUGUGAUCCUCCUGGCACACCAGAGGCCAUCCAUGUAAACAAAGAUACCAUUGUCAUCCAGUGGACUAAACCAGAGUAUGAUGGUGGCAGUAAUAUAACUGGCUAUACUGUGGAGAAGCGUGAUCUGCCAGAGGGAAGAUGGGUGAGGGCGAACUUUACUAAUGUAAUUGAGACCCAGUUCACUGUCACUGGUCUGACUGAAAAUGCACAGUAUGACUUCAGAGUCAUUGCUAAAAAUGCUGUUGGCACCAUCAGUAAGCCAUCCUACAACAGUGGACCAGUCACUGCAAGUGAUAAAUUGGAGGCACCCAAAUUCUCCAUUGACCCUGCAUUCACCAAGACUGUUAUCAUCAAUGCCGGAGAGACCUUCAAGCUAGAUGCUGAUGUCCGUGGCAAGCCUCUUCCUACAAUCCAGUGGUUCAGGGAUGAAAAACCAAUCGAGAAUACACUCAGACUAGAGAUAAAAGACACUGAAAACCAUGCGAUGAUUGUCAUUAAGGAUGCUGUUAGAAUUGAUGGUGGAGUGUACACUCUCCAGCUGACAAAUGAGGCUGGCAAAGAAACAAUUCCAUUCCAGGUUGUGGUUCUAGACAGGCCUAGCCAAUGUGAAGGACCCCUCCACGUCACUGGAGUAGCUGAAGAUAGAUGCACACUGGUAUGGCGUGCCCCACUACAUGAUGGAGGUAGUCCUAUUAAACACUACUUCAUCGAGAGAAGAGAGACCAGCCGUCUAGCUUGGACUGUUGUUUCAAACAGCUGUGAAACCACAAACUUCAAAGUCACCAAAUUACUUGAAGGCAAUGAGUAUAUGUUCCGUGUCAUGGCAGUAAACAGUUAUGGUGUCAGUGAGCCACUGGUGUCUAGCGGAGUGAUAAUGAAGACUCCAUUUAUUCCUCCUGGUCAACCUCAUAUUGAGGAUGUAUCCAACAUUGCUCAUGAUGGCAUGACCAUCACUUGGUCAGCCCCUGAGACUUGUGGAGGCAGUGAGAUUACCAAUUACAUUAUUGAAAAGAAGGACAGAAAUGGAAUCAAAUGGACCAGAUGCAACAGACAGAAAGUCACUGAUCUUUCGUUUAGAGUUACAGGCCUAACCACCGGCCAUGAAUAUGAGUUCAGAGUGGUUGCUGAGAAUGUAGUUGGAGCAGGAGAGCCAAGCCUUCCAAGUUCAUUCUUCAGGGCCAUUGAUCCCAAGUACAAACCUGGUGCCCCAGCAUAUGUGAAUGUGAUUGACUCUACAAAGAGUUCUAUUACAUUGUCAUGGGGUAAGCCUCUGUCUGAUGGUGGCAGCGACAUUCAAGGAUACAUUGUUGAAGUCUGCAAGGCUGAGGAGGAGGAAUGGACCAUGGUUACUCCCCCCACUGGUCUGCGUCUCAACAAAUAUGAAAUUACCAAACUUACUGAGGGUCAGGAGUACAAGAUCCAGGUGUGUGCUCUGAACAAACUAGGAGUGGGUGAGCCAGCAGCUCUCUCUGGAACAGCUAAGCCAGAGGAAAGGGUGGAGCCACCACAGAUCCAUCUUGACUCUGAUCUAAGGAAGGGCAUCGUUUUGAAAGCUGGUGGAUCUGUUAGAAUACAUAUUCCAUUCAAGGGCAGGCCAACACCUGAGAUUAAGUGGACUAAGGAUGAGGGAGAAGUGUCUGAAAAAGCAGUGAUUGAGAAAGCCCUUAACUUCACCCAGUUGUCCAUUGACUCAUGUGACAGGAGUCACUCAGGAAAAUACAUCCUGAGCCUGACAAACAGCAGUGGCACUGUAUCUGAGUUUGUUACUGUUAAAGUCCUGGAUACACCUGGUGCCCCACAGAAACUUGUGGUUAAAGAAGUCAGAAAGGACUCCAUCACUCUUGAAUGGGAUGCCCCACUGGUUGAUGGAGGUUCCAAAAUUAAGAACUAUGUCAUUGACAAACGGGAAUCAACCAGAAAGACUUUUGCUAAUGUGUCCACAAAAUGCACCAGGACAACAUUCAAAGUAGAGAACUUGGUUGAAGGAGCUAUGUACUACUUCAGAGUCAUGGCUGAGAAUGACUAUGGAAUCGGCCAGGGUAUUGAAACAAAGGUGGCUUCCAAGGCCUCCGAGGUACCACUGCCUGUUGGAUCAAUCUUCCUCACUGAUGUCACCAAAGCCAGUGUCUCACUGGCCUGGGAGAAACCUGAGCAUGAUGGAGGCAGUAGAAUUGGUGGAUACCUAAUUGAGAUGCAACCCAAAGGUACAGAUAAGUGGGGAGUUGCAACAAAUACAAAGACAUGCGAGGGCACUGCCAAAGGCCUCACAGCAGGAGCAGAAUACCUAUUCCGUAUCAUUGCUUACAAUGAGAAGGGAAAAAGUGAGCCAAAGGCACUUGCUGCACCCGUCAUUGCCAGUGACAUGACCAUAGAGCCAAGCAUUAAGAUGCAAUUUAACACCUACAGUGUAUUAGCUGGAAAAGACUUGAAGUUGGAGUUCCCUGUGAUUGGCAGGCCCAAACCUAAAGUCACCUGGAAUAAGGAUGGUCAGUCUUUGAAUGUGACAUCCAGAGUCAAUGUGAUAAACACUCCAACAACAACUGGAAUUCAAAUAACUGAGGCAUGCAAGGAUGACUUUGGCAAAUAUUCCAUUACAGCAACCAAUGAUGCCGGCACUAUAAGUAAGGAUGUGUCUGUCAUUAUCCUUGACAAGCCUGGUCCACCAACAGGUCCAAUCAAGGUUGUUGAAGUGAGCAACACCUUCGUCCAUCUCUCCUGGGAGCCCCCAGUGUACAUGGGUGGAUGCCAGGUAAAGAACUAUAUAGUGGAGAAGAGAGACACCACCACCACAACAUGGCAGGCAGUCACCACACAGCUCGCUAGAACAUCUUUUAAGGUCACCAAGCUGAAGACUGGUGCAGAAUAUCAGUUCAGAAUCAUUGCUGAAAACAGAUAUGGAAAGGGUGCAUCUCUGGACUCCAAGGCGAUCGUUGUCCAAUAUCCAUACAAACCACCAGGGCCUCCAGGAACACCACGUGUCAAAUCUGCUACGAAGGAAAUGAUGAUCAUUGAAUGGAAUGAGCCAGUCAAUGAUGGUGGAAGUACAGUGAUUGGGUACCAUCUUGAAAACAAGGAGAGAAGCAGCAUUACAUGGAACAAACUGAACAAGUCUCUUAUCACUGAUACUGAGUUCAAGAUCUGCAAUCUUGAGGAGGGGGGUGGAUAUGAAUUCAGAGUCUAUGCUGAAAAUAUUGUUGGCAUCGGCCGAUGCAGUAAAGUGUCUGAGAACUUUGUUGCUCGUGACCCAUGUGAUCCUCCUGGUGCUCCUGAAGCUGUGUCUAUUUCUAAGACCAUAAUCAAGAUUCAGUGGACUAAGCCUCAGUAUGAUGGUGGCAGCAAAGUGAAUGGAUAUAUUGUGGAAAGGAAAGAUCUUUCCUCCCCUGAUGGGCGCUGGGUAAGAGCUAAUUUCACAAAUAUAGUUGAGACUGAGUAUACUGUCACUGGCCUAACAGAGAAUGAGCAGUAUGAAUUCAGAGUUAUUGCAAGAAAUGCAGUCGGAACCUUCAGCGAGCCAUCCGAUAGCUCUGGACCUAUCACUGCUACUGAUGAAAUUGAACCACCAAAAGCCUCAAUGGAUCCCAAGUACAAGGAUGUCAUUGUUAUCAAUGCUGGAGAAAACUUGCUUCUUGAUGCAGACAUCUAUGGAAAACCAAUUCCUGAUGUUGCCUGGCUAAAAGAAGGCAAAGAAAUGGACAAAGCACUGCGCAUUGAAGUGAGAACUACACAGAAACGUGCAGCCAUUACUAUUAAAGAUGUAACCAAGCUUGAUAGUGGCCACUAUGACCUCGUCCUCAAAAAUCUGGGUGGUAUAAAAACCUUCCCUAUCACUGUCAAAGUCCUUGAUAAACCAGGUACACCCACUGGACCCAUGCAAAUAACAGGAAUCAUGUCUGACAGGUGCACCCUUUCCUGGUCUGAACCAACUCUGGAUGGUGGGGCUAGUAUCACUCACUAUGUUUUGGAGAAAAGAGAGACUAGCAGGUUGUCCUGGACAGUGGCUGCCCCAGAUAUCAAGGGUAUGUUCUAUAAACUAACAAAUUUGCUACCUGGAAAUGAAUACAUUUUCAGAGUCAGGGCAGUCAACAAAUACGGUGUAGGCGAUUAUCUCGAAAGUGAACCCGUAAUUGCACGCAAUCCUUACAAGCUGCCUAGUGCUCCUGGAACUCCAGAAGCAAGUCAGAUCACAAAGGAGUCUAUGGUUUUGUCAUGGACCGCUCCAGAACAGACCGGUGGAGCUGAAAUUGAAACUUACCACCUUGAAAAACGUGACAAAGAUAGUGUAAGGUGGACAAAAUGCAACAGACAAAAGCUGACUGACAACCACUUCAAGGUCACAGGUCUCAUGACAGACCACUUCUAUGAGUACCGUGUUGCUGCUGAGAAUGAGGCUGGAAUAGGAGACCUUAGUGAAUUGUCCCUAUUCUACAGAGCAUGUAAUUCCAUAACACCACCUGGACCUCCACACCAUCCUAAGGUGACAGACUACACAAAGUCUUCUGUUUCUCUGUCCUGGAGCAAACCUGACUUUGAUGGCGGUGCCUACGUAAAGGGCUACAUUGUUGAAACAAGGGAGUAUACACCAAUGCCCGAAUUAACAGAGGAGGCAGAAGUAGCUCCAGCAAUAGACGCACCAGUUGAAAAAGAAUGGACCAUGUGCACUCCACCCACUGGCAUUCAAGCCACUAAACUCACUAUCACAGACCUGAAGGAGGGUGGAGAGUACCAGUUCCGUGUCUGUGCUAUCAACUCUGAGGGAGUAGGGGAGGCUGCUAACGUCCACAGCACUGUGGUUACUUCUGACAGGGCAGAAGCACCAGAGAUCGAGCUGGAUGCUGAUCUUAGAAAGGUGGUAUCUGUCCGUGCUGGUGGAACUCUUCGUCUGUUUGUCGCCAUUAGAGGAAGGCCGGAACCUGCUGUGAAAUGGGAGAAGGUUGAUGGUACUCUCACAGAGCGUGCUGGAAUCGACACCACCAGUUCAUACACCAUGCUUGUCAUUGACAAUGUUAACCGCUUUGACAGUGGCAAAUACUCACUCACACUGGAAAACAGCAGUGGUUCAAAAGCUGCUAUUGUUGCAGUGAGAAUUUUGGAUACACCAAGUGCACCACAGAACUUUUUGGUGAAGGAGCUCAAGAAAGAUUCAGUGCUUCUUGCCUGGGAUACACCACUCACUGAUGGUGGUUCUAAAAUCACAAACUACAUUGUAGAAAAGAGAGAGUCUGUCAGGAAGGCCUAUACUACUGUCACCAGCAACUGUUUGGCCAACUCAUUCAAGAUUGAAGAGCUUCCUGAGGGUGGCAUGUUCUACUUCAGAGUCUGUGCUGUUAAUGAAUAUGGCCAAGGACAGAUGGUUGAAACCAAAGAAGUCAAAGUGUCUGAGGUACCGCAGCCACCAAGCAAAGUUCGCGUUGUAGAUUUGACAAAGACCAGCGUGACACUGGCAUGGGACAAACCUGCUCAUGAUGGUGGAAGCAAAGUAAUGUGCUACAAUGUGGAAUUUAAGCCCAAGAGUGGAGAUAAAUGGGGCACAGCAUGCACAGCAAAGGUUCCUGAAGCAACUAUUCCUAAUCUGAGUCCUAAUGAAGCCUAUUUAUUCAGAGUUGUUGCAAUCAAUGAGAAGGGAAAGAGUGAGCCAAAAGAUCUUGGCUUGCCUGUGAUUACAAAAGAUGUUGAAAUUGAACCAUCUAUCAACUUACUGUUUACCACAUACAGUGUGAAGGCUGGAGAUGACCUCACUCUCGAGGUUCCAGUAAAAGGCAGGCCAAAGCCUGUUGUAUCCUGGAAAAAGGAUAGCCUUCCUCUGAAGCAAACAUCCUCAGUGACCAUCUUAAACACACCAACCUCAUCCAAAAUUAUAUUUAAAGAGGCAAGCAGAGAACAUGUUGGCAAGUAUGAGAUCACCCUGGCAAACACAGCAGGAACGGUCAGCGCAGAUAUUGGAGUUGUUGUCCUUGAUAAACCAGGUCCACCUAAAUGCGUUAAGGUGGAUUCCGUGACAUCAGACAGCAUCACACUGUCCUGGUCUCCACCAGAUUAUGAUGGUGGCUGCUGCAUAAGUAACUAUAUUGUGGAGAAGAGAGACACAAACUCACAAGAAUGGCAAAUGGUAGGAAGUAACGUGGCCAGAACAUCUUUUAAGGCUGGCCGCCUGACACAUGGAGCUGAGUACCAAUUCCGCAUCUAUGCAGUCAACCGUUAUGGAAAGAGUACAUACCUGGAUUCACCUGGAAUCACUGCUAAGUAUAACUUUAAACAACCUGGACCUCCUUCCACACCUAUAGUGAAGCUGGCCACCAAGUCUUACAUGUUGGUGACUUGGAAUGAGCCAGUCACGGAUGGCGGUAGUCCUGUUCUGGGCUACCAUCUGGAGAGGAAGGAGCGUUCUAGCAUUCUUUGGACAAAGAUGAACAGAGGAAUGAUCAAAGAUACUGAAUACAAAGUCAAUGGAGUUGAAGAGGGCAUGAUGUAUGAAUACCGUAUCUAUGCUGAAAAUAUUACUGGUAUUGGUAAAUGCAGCAAGGCCUGUGAAGCUGUAGCAGCCAGAGAUCCAUGUGAUCCUCCAGGCACACCUGUGGUCACUGCUGUUACCAGAACAACCGUCUCCUUGUCUUGGGAUAAACCAGAGUAUGAUGGUGGAGCCAAGGUUACUGGCUACACCAUUGAACGCAGAGACCUUCCUGAAGGACGCUGGACAAGGUGCAACUUCACCAAUGUGCCUGAGACCCACUAUGAUGCGACAGGCCUUACAGAGAACAGCCAGUAUGACUUCCGCAUCAUUGCUAAGAAUGCAGCUGGAGUGUUCAGCGGGCCAUCUGACCGCACUGGUCCCAUCACUGUCAAGGAUGAUGUGGAACCACCACGCAUCAUGAUGGAUGUCAAGUUCAGAGAGACAUUGCUUGUGAAAGCAGGAGAAACUCUGAAGAUUAACGCUGACCUUGCUGGACGUCCUGCCCCUGUCAUUUCCUGGACAAAGGAUGGCAAAGAGAUUGAGCUGAGAGCCAGAAUCCAGAUUGUUUCAACAGAUACCAGUACUUCUCUCAUUGUGAAGGAUUGCAUCAGAAGAGAUUCUGGACAGUAUUCCCUAACUUUACAGAAUAUUGGUGGAAAAGUCUCCAUGCCAAUACACUGUUUGAUUCUAGAUAAGCCAGGACCUUCAGCAGGACCACUUCAGAUCACAGGUCUCACAGCUGAGGCAUGCACUCUGUCAUGGGGUCCUCCUCAGGAGAACGGUGGUGCUGACAUCACACAUUACAUUGUUCAGAAGCGUGAGACCAGCAGCUUGGCGUGGACAGUGGUUAAGGCAGACGUCACAAACACAUACCACAAAGUCACAGGACUGCUCAAGGGCAACGAAUAUAUCUUCAGGGUUAUGGCUGUCAACAAGCACGGAGUUGGUGAGGCUCUGGAUAGUGAUGUUGUAAAGAUUACAGAUCCAUACACUGUUGCCACUGCUCCAACAAGUGUUGAUGUCACUACCAUAACUGGAGAUUCAAUGACCCUUACCUGGUGCAAGCCAGCCAAUGAUGGAGGCAGCCCCAUCAUUGGAUAUGUGAUUGAGCGCCGUGAGAAGACAGGUAUGCGCUGGGUCCGUGUGAACAGAGAUCCAGUUGUUGAAUGUACUACAGUAGCAACCAAACUGCGCAAGGGUUGUGAGUAUGACUUCAGAGUUUAUGCUGAAAACGAAGCUGGUUUGAGUCCUCCAAGUGAACGAUCUGCAACAUUCAGAGCAUUGGAUGCUCUGGUUGUUCCUUCUCGCCCAACAAAGCCAAAGAUUGUCACUUCAACCACAGGCAGUGUGUCCAUUGUCUGGAAACCACCAACCAAUGAUGGUGGUGCUCCAAUCCUUGGAUACAGUGUAGAAUACAGAGACUACAUUGAAAAACCAGAGCCAGAGGUUGAGGGAGAAGGAGAAGAAUAUGAGGAAGAAUAUGAGGAAGAGGAAGAAGAGGAGAUUCCUGAAUCACCCGAAGAACUAGCAAGAUGGGUUGAAGCUAUCCCUCUUACCAAGAGCUUGGAGUUCACAAUCACUGGACUUAAGACAGACGCAAAAUAUGAAUUCUGUGUCAAGGCAAUAAAUAAAGUUGGCAGCAGUGCGCGUAGCCUAUAUUCAGAUGGUGCUGCAGCAAUGGACAGAACUGCAGAGCCAUCAUUUGAUGUUGACAUUGAAAUGCGUAAAGUACUUAUUGUCAAGCAUGGCACAGCAUUUACUCUCAACGUACCAUUCAAGGGCAAACCUGUGCCAUUAGUGGAAUGGGUCAAGGAGGGCGUGGAUCUAAAGGUCAGAGGAACUAUUGACUCAACAGAAUCCAGCACUUCACUGACCAUUGAGAAGUCAACCAGAAAUGACUCUGGAGAAUACAGCGUCACUAUUGAAUCACCGUUGGGAAAAGCAACAUUGCCCAUUGUUGUCAAGGUCCUUGACUCACCUGGACCUCCUGUCAAUGUUAAAGUUUCUGCAGUGACCAGGGAUUCUGCAACCCUCACUUGGGAAGCUCCAGAGAAUGAUGGUGGUGAUGCAGUAAAGUCCUACCAUGUUGAAAAACGUGAGGCCAGUAAGAAGGCCUGGGUGUCUGUGACCAGCAACUGCCACGCACUGACUUACAAGGUGGAAGACUUGCAGGAGGGAGCCAUGUAUUACUUCAGAGUUAUUGGAGAAAAUGAGCAUGGAGUGGGUGUUCCUCAGGAGGCCAGGAGUGGAACAAAGAUAACAGAGGUACCAAGUAUGCCCAUGAAACUUGGAGUUGCAAAUGUUACCAAGGACAGCGUUACCAUUGCCUGGACAAGACCAGAAUACGAUGGUGGCAGCAGGGUCACUGGUUACCUGAUUGAUGCCCUGGAGAAGGGACAGACCAAGUGGGUGAAGUGUGCCACUGUGAGGACCAUGACCCACACUAUCAAGAGCCUGAGGGAGUGUGCUGAGUACUACUUCAGAGUCCGUGCUGAGAACCAUGCUGGACUCAGUGAACCGAAGGAGAUGAUCGUACCAGUCAUUGUCAAGGAAAUACACGAGGCUCCAGAGUUUGACCUGAAGAACUACCCCAAGAAUACAGUUUAUGUGAGAGCAGGAGCCAACCUGACCUUUGAGAUUCCGCUCACCGGCAGACCCAUGCCUAAGGUGACUAUGUCCAAGAACAAUGUUGUCAUCAAGGGAUCUAAGAGGCUGCUAACAGAAGUAACCCCAGACAGUUUAUUCAUCACCCUGAAUGAAAGCAUUGCAGCUGACGCUGGCAAAUAUGAAGUCACUGCCUCAAAUGCCGGAGGAACCACCAAGAUCUUUAUCAUCUUCGUUGUACUGGACAGACCUGGACCUCCGAUUGGUCCAGUAGAGAUUGGAGAGAUCGGAGAGACCUCAGUAUGUCUGAAGUGGGCUUAUCCAGAAUACGAUGGUGGCAGUCCUGUUACCAACUUCAUUGUUCUGAAACGUGAAACCAGCACUCCUAACUGGUCAGAGGUGUCAACUAGCAUUGCCAGAAGCUCAAUCAAGGCGACAAAGCUGACCAAGGGAGAGGAGUAUCAGUUCAGAAUCAAGGCUGAGAACCGCUUAGGGGUCAGUGACCAUAUUGACACCAAGCCAAUCAUGAUAAAACUUCCAUACACCAUUCCUGGACCUCCAUCUACACCAUGGCUCAGCUACGUCUCCAGAGAGAGUCUGACAGUCUGCUGGAACGAGCCGGUCAACGAUGGUGGAAACACUGUGAUUGGAUAUCAUCUCCAGAUGAAGGAGAGGAGUAGCAUCCUUUGGCAGAAGGUCAACAAAACCGCAAUCUCAGGAAACCAGUGGCGAGUCACAAACAUCUGCCCUGGCCUUAUCUAUGAAUUCAAGGUGGCCGCUGAAAAUGCCGCUGGUAUUGGAAAGCUGAGCAAGACCUCCGAAGAGGUGCUUGCAAUUGAUGCCUGCGAGCCUCCAGCAAAUGUCCACAUCACAAAAGUCACCAAGAACUCGGUCCACCUGGCCUGGCAGAGGCCUCCGUACGACGGCGGCAGUAAGAUUACCGGCUACAGCGUGGAGAGGAGGGACGCUAACAGCAACAGAUGGGUUAAGGCCAACUUUGCGAACAUCAUCGAGAUGGGCUUCACUGUCUCUGGACUGAACCAGGACGAGUCUUACGAGUUCAGAGUAUACGCCAAGAAUGCUGUCGGGUCCGUUAGCAACCCAUCUCUCAUUGCUGGCCCAGUCACUUGUGUGGACUCAACUGGCGCCCCAACCAUUGACCUCCCUCCAGAGUACCUGGAUGUGGUUCAGUUCAAGGCCGGAGCUUCAGUUAAGCUCAGAGUCGGAAUCAUUGCCAAGCCUCUGCCGACCAUCGAGUGGCUCAAGGAUGGAAAGGAGCUAGUAUCAAGCUCUAAGCUGUCUGUUGAAAGCACAACAGACUCUUCUGCUGUUCUGAUCAAGGACGCAGCUCGCUUCGACACGGGCUCAUAUGAGAUCAAGAUCAAGAAUGUUCUGGGCUCAGCAUCUGCAACCAUCAAGAUUGAAAUCCUAGACAAACCCGGACCCCCAGCAGGCCUCAUUAACUUCAACUCCAUCACGGCAGACAGGAUAAUGUUCAGCUGGGAGCCUGUUCCUGAGUCUGACCAGGGAGGUUUCAAAGUGACCCACUACAUUGUUGAGAGGCGCGAAACCAGCCGAGUGGUCUGGUCGACAGUUUCAGACCAUCUGGAGGCGACACACGUCACCGUCAGCAAGCUGCUGCGUGGAAACGAGUAUGUGUUCCGCGUCAUGGGUGUUAAUAAGUUUGGAGUUGGAGAGCCACUGGUGUCGGAGCCAGUCAUCGCUAAGAACGCCUUUGUAACUCCUGGGCAGCCUCAUACUCCUGAGGUAAACACCAUCACCAAAUCCACCAUGGUGGUAGAAUGGGGCAAACCAGGUGUAGACGGAGGAAGCAUGGUCACGGGCUACUACCUGGAGAGACGCGACAAGAAGAGCCUGCGCUGGAUCCGAGUUUACAAAGACCCAAUACCUGGCAUCAAACAGACCGUCUACCAUCUGACAGAAGGAAAUGAGUACCAGUAUCGCGUCUGUGCCAUUAACAUGGCCGGAGAGGGACCGUUCUCUGAAGUGUCAGACUACUACAAGGCUGCUGACCCAGUUGAUCCACCAGAUGAGCCUUGCAAGUUGAAGGUGGUGGACUCCACCAAGACGUCCAUCACUUUGGGCUGGUUCAAGCCCGAAUGGGACGGAGGCAGUGAGGUCAUCAGCUACAUGCUGGAGAAGCUUGUUGAGGGAGAGGAAGAAUGGGCUAUGAUUACCUCUAAGGGAGAGGUCAAGACAACAGAAUACACAGUUCACGACUUAAAACCAGACGUCAACUACUUCUUCAGAGUCACUGCUGUCAACUGUGCCGGCCCUGGAGAGCCGCUGGAGAUGACCGAGCCUGUGCAAGCUAAGGAUAUCCUGGAGGAGGCCCAGGUUGACUCAGAUGUGGCAAUGAGAACUCACUACAUCGUGAAGGCUGGCAAGGAUGUGGAGCUGUCUGUUCCUCUGAAGGGCCGACCAGCUCCCAGUGCUUCAUGGAGUAAGGGAGAAGAAUGCAUUGAUCACGACCCAAAAUAUGAGUUCCACCACUCCGACACUACCACAGUCCUUGUUAUGCGUGAGGUGACCAGACUCGACACCGGAAAGUACACCGUGAAGAUAGAGAACGGUGUGGGAGAGCCAAAGACGCUGACGCUGUCCGUGAAGGUCCAGGAUACUCCAGCUCAGUGCAGGAACCUAGUCCUGAAGGAGGUGACACGUGGAAAGGUAAUUCUCAGCUGGGAGCCUCCACUCCUCGAUGGUGGUGCCGAGAUCACAAACUACAUUGUUGAAAAGAGGGACUCAUCCAAGAGAUCCUACUCUGCAGUUACAAGCAAAUGCACAGAAACAACUUACACCAUCGAAGACCUCUCCGAGAAGACGUCCUUCUUCUUCCGCGUGUUAGCAGAGAAUGAGAACGGUGUUGGUGAUCCGUGUGAAACACUUGAUCCUGUGAAGGCAACAGAGACUCCAGGACCAGUCAAGGAGGUUUCUAUGAAGGAUUCGUCCAAAACAUCUGUCACUCUGCAGUGGCUGAAGCCCGAUUAUGACGGGGGCAGCAUUAUCUCUGACUACGUCAUUGAAAAGAAGCUCAAGGACGAGGAAUGGUCAUUGGGAGGAGCCAGCAGAACGUGUGAGUUUGAGGUCAAGAAACUCAAGGAGCACUCGGAAAUGCUCUUCAGAGUUGCCGCCAGGAAUGAGAAGGGACGGGGAGACUUUGUUGAGAUUGGGCCUAUUAAGGUCAUCGACUACAUUAUCACACCUGAGGCGAGCCUUGCGGAGUACCCGGAUGGCCGCAUCAACGUUCGUCUGGGUCACAACGUGCACAUUGAGCUCCCAUACAAAGGUAAACCCAAACCUUCUAUCCUGUGGCUAAAGGACAACCUGCCUCUGAAGGAGAGCGACCAAAUCCGCUUCAAGAAGACAGAAAACAAAGCAACUCUGAUGAUUAAGAAUGUCAUAAAGGAGAACGAGGGUAAGUACACCCUGACACUUGACAAUAAGGUCAACAGGAGAUCCUUCCACAUCCAUGUGAUCACACUCGGACCACCAUCAAAGCCUGUUGGACCCAUCCGUCUGGAUGAAGUGAGAGCUGAGAGCAUCAUGAUCUCCUGGGACGAACCUAAUGAUGACGGCGGUGGAGACAUCACCUGCUACAGUGUAGAGAAGCGUGACACCUUGCAGUCAGACUGGAAAAUGGCGUGCUCCAGUGUACAGAAUACUGAGUUCAAGGUCCCCAACUUGAUCAAGGGUGUCCAGUACCAGUUCAGAGUGUGCGCUGAGAACAGAUACGGUGUCAGCGAGCCUCUGGUUUCACAGUCGGUCAUUGCCAAGCACCAGUUCAGGCCUCCAGGACCACCGGGCAAGCCUUUCGUGUUCAACGUCACAAACGAUGGCAUGACCAUCCAAUGGGAGCAACCCAUUUAUGACGGCGGGACGCCCAUCCAGGGCUUCCAUGUGGAGAAGAGGGAAAUGAACAGCAUCAUGUGGCAAAAGGUGAACACAGUGGUGGUCAAAGGAACAGAAUACAGGAUCCCAGAGCUCAUUGAAGGCCUUGAGUACUCCUUCAGAGUCUACGCACAGAAUGAUGCUGGCUUCAGCCGAAUGAGUGACGAGAGCAAGCCAACCAUGGCUGUCAGUCCUGUUGAUCCUCCUGGCCAGCCCGACUACAUCGAUGUGACUAGUGACUCAGUGACACUGAAAUGGGAUGCACCUAAACGUGAUGGUGGUAGCAAGAUUACGAGCUACAGCAUUGAGAAACGGCAAGGAAAAGGCCGCUGGUUUAAGGCCAACUUGACUGAUGUACAUGACUGCCAGUACGCUGUCACUGGGUUGGCAACAAAUGAACGCUAUGAGUUCAGAGUGACCGCAAGAAACGCCAUUGGUGUCGUCAGUCCUCCCUCCAACUCCUCUGGCUUGAUUGUGGUCAGAAGUGAGAACGCUUGUCCAAACAUUGAGUUUGGCCCAGAGUACUUUGAGGGUUUGACAGUCAAGGCGGGAGACAACAUCCGGCUGAAGGUGACCAUCACUGGACGCCCUGUUCCCAAGGUUGUCUGGUACAGAGACGGUGUUGUGGUUACCAAAAAGAUGAUGGAUAUUAUCAACAUAGCUGGAUCCAGCACGCUGUUUGUCAGAGAUGCUGAUCGUACACACAGCGGCCUCUACACUGUGGAGGCUACAAACGGAUCUGGAAGCAGAAAGCAGGACAUCCUUGUUCAAGUCCAAGACACACCUGGGGAGCCAGUAGGACCCAUCACUUUCAGCAACAUCUCCGAGGGUAAGUGCACUCUGUCCUGGAACCCACCGCAGAACGAUGGCUGCUCAGAGAUUUCGCAUUACAUCAUUGAGAAGCGCGAGACUGCCAAGAUCUCCUGGGCUUUGGUGUCUGACGAAUGCCAGGAGUGCACUUUCAAUGCGACCAAGCUUAUCAAGACCAAUGAGUACCAGUUCAGGGUCUCUGCUGUGAACAAGUUUGGAGUUGGCAGACCUGUGGAAUCCAGCCCCAUCAUUGCACAGAUGCAAUACACUACUCCUGACUCUCCAGGCACUCCUGACGCUACCGAUGUGACAGGAGACAGCAUCACGCUGUCCUGGACUCCUCCAACAUCUGAUGGAGGAAACCCCAUUCAAUAUUACAUUCUGGAGAAACGAGAAAAGAAGACUGUCAAGUUCUACAAGGUGAUCACCAAGAAGCCCAUCAUCGAAUGUGCUCAUAAGGUGCUCAACUUGACAGAGGAUAUGGAAUACGAGUUCCGUGUCUUGGCCGUGAACGACGCCGGUGUUGGAGCUCCAAGCAACGUCUCUCUACCCAUCAAAGCCGCCGAGCCAAAGGAUAUUCCUUGUGCUCCAUCUGUGGUCUGCGUGUCUGACUCCACCAACACCUCUAUCAGUUUGGAGUGGUCCAGGCCUGCGGAAGAUGGAGGCAUGGAGGUCCUAGGCUACAUUAUCGAGAUGGUGAAGGGAGAAGAUACCGAAUGGAAGGCCGUGAGGGAAGAGCUGGUGGCGGAAACAACUUACACAGUGACUGGUCUAGAGACAGGAGCUGAGUACAAGUUCCGUGUCGCAGCGGUUAAUCACAUCGGUAGAGGCGAGGAAAAGGAGAUUUCAGAGCCAGCUCAGGCUGUGGACAGGCUAACACCGCCACAGGUAGAUAUCGAUGCCAAUUUCAAGCAAACACACAUUGUCAAGCCUGGAGGUUCAGUGUGCUUGUGCGUCAACUUCAGAGGAAAGCCAAUUCCCACUGCCACCUGGGUGAAGGAAGACGGAGAGCUGGGUGUUAGGUCUGAGAUCAUAACUACAGAUGAGUAUAGUUCUUUAAACAUUGAUAGCUGCUCAAGAAACGAUACAGGCAAAUACACGGUUAACCUGGAGAAUUCUAGUGGCAGCAAAGCCGUUACAUUCAACGUAAAAGUGAUGGACACUCCUGGGCCUCCACAAGGUGUCGCCUUCAAGGAGGUGUCCAGAGGCACGGUUACACUUAUCUGGGAGCCUCCUUUGAACGAUGGCGGCGCGCGAAUCCAGCACUAUAUUGUUGAGAAGCGGGAGGCUAGCCGCCGCACUUGGCAGCAGUCUGGUGGCAAUUGCAAGCAGCAUAUCCUGAAGAUCCAGGACCUGCUGGAGGGAGUGCCAUACUUCUUCAGAGUCUCCGCCGAGAACCAUCACGGCGUGGGCGAGGCAUUUGAGAUGAUCGAGCCUGUCAUUGCCACCGCAGAGCCCGCAUCUCCGAAGAGAUUGGACAUAGUGGACACCACAGAUAGCUCUGUGACGCUGGGCUGGCUGAAACCAGAGCAUGAUGGCGGCAGCCGCAUCCAGGGUUACUUCAUCGAGGCUAAACCGAAGGGUACAGACAAAUGGGUAGUGGUUGGUAACACCACUAAUCUUACAUAUGUGAUUGAAAAGCUCAACAAGGGCGAUGAGUAUGACUUCCGUGUCAAGGCAAAGAAUGAAUCCGGCUACAGCACGCCCAGGGAAACUCUGGCUCCCGCACUGGUCAAAGAGCCUCAUAUUGAACCAGCUGCUGACCUCCGUGAGAUUACCGACCAGCUUAUCACAUGCAGAUCUGGCAGUAUGUUCACCAUCGAUGUUCCCAUCAGUGGUAGACCUGCUCCAAAGGUCUCCUGGAAGCUGGAAGAGAUGAGGCUCAAGAACACAGACAGAGUCACCAUCAAAACAACGAAGAACAGAACCAGCAUCUCCGUCAAGGAGGCCAUGAGAGGAGAUGGCGGUAAAUACUAUCUGACGCUGGAGAACGUGGCGGGAACAAAGACCUUCACUGUUGAAGUUAAUGUCACAGGUAGACCCAGUCCUCCAGUCGGACCCAUCGAAAUCUCAAACAUCACCUCCGAGUCCUGUGUCGUUAACUGGCAACCACCAGAGGAUGAUGGCGGUACAAAAAUCACCAACUACAUUGUGGAGAAGCGUGAGUCUGGCUCCACUGCCUGGCAACUGAUCAACUCCAGCGUGAAGCGCACAUCUCUCGAUGUCGGUCACCUGACAAAGUACAUGCAAUACACAUUCAGGGUCUCUGCUGAGAAUAUAUUCGGUGUCAGCAAGUCCACCGAGUCUGAGACAAUCGUCGCAGAGCAUCCCUACACACCUCCUGGUCCACCAACAAGGCCCACGGUCUUCAACGUUACUGCUAACUCAAUGACCCUGAAAUGGGAGGAGCCCUACAAUGAUGGCGGAAGCAAGGUGACAGGCUACUGGAUUGAAAAGAAGGAGAGGAACAAUAUCCUGUGGGUGAGGGAUAACAACAUUCCUUGCUUUGAGUGCUACUGCAAGAUGGAAGGCCUGGUUGAAGGCCUGGAAUACCAGUUCAGGGUGUACGCCAUGAACAGCGGCGGGCUGAGCAAAGCCAGCGAGGCCUCCAAGGGAGCCAUUGCUCAAAACCCAGUUGAUCCACCAAGUAAACCAGAAGUCACAAAUGUUACAAGAAGCACCGUGUCCCUCAAAUGGUCAUCUCCACUGAACGAUGGAGGCAGUCCGAUCGUGGGCUACAUCAUUGAGCGUAAGCCGUACACUUUGACUGGCGAGGGCCGCUGGCUCAAGUGUAACUACACCAAUGUGACCGAAACUUUCUACACUGUUACUGCCCUGGGAGAGGGAGAGCCCUAUGAGUUCAGAGUCAUUGCCAAGAAUGCCAACCAGGUCUUCAGCCUGCCCUCAGAGUCCACUGGCUCUGUACAGUGCAAGACCGACUUCGAGCCUCCAAAGGCUACGCUGAACAGCAAACUCCUGUCUGAAACUGUCAUGGUCAGAGCUGGUUCAGAUCUGGUUCUGGACGCUGCAGUGGGAGGCAGGCCAGACCCCAAGGCUCACUGGGCGAAGGGAAACAGGGAUCUGGAGUUGUGUGAAAAGUACCACCUGCAGUACACCCCCACCAGGGCCAUGGCCAUCAUCAAGUUCUGCGACAGAGAUGAUACUGGAAAGUACAUCCUCACAGUCAGGAACGUAAGCGGAACCAAGACUGCUGAGGUCAACGUCAAAGUUCUCGACACCCCCGGAAUAUGCGAAGGCAGCAUUGAGAUCAGCAAGAUCACAGAGGAGUCGUGCACACUGAGCUGGAAGCCUCCUCUGGAGGACGGCGGUGACGAGGUUACCCACUAUAUCGUGGAGAGGCGCGACACCAACAGACUCACCUGGGUCAUCAUGCACGCUGAAUGUAAGGAGCUGACCUGCAACAUCACCGCGCUGUUCAAGAACACAGAGUACCUGUUCAGGGUCCGGGGUGUCAACAAGUACGGAGCUGGAGUCUACCUGCAGUCAGAGCCCAUGAUCGCCAGAAACACUUUCACUGUGCCAUCUCCACCUGGCACUCCAGAGAUCCUGGCAUCAGGAAAGGACUUUGCCACCAUUGAGUGGCUGAAGCCAGAAAGCGAUGGUGGCAGCCCUCUGAUCCACUACCUGGUGGAGAGGCACGAGAGAAAGAGCGCCCGCUGGGUGAAGGUGAACAGGGACGGAGCUCACCUGGACACCAUGCUAAAGGUUUCCGGUUUAACCGAAGGCAACAUCUACCAGUUCAGAGUGACGGCCAUUAACAAGGCUGGAGAGAGCGAACCCAGCGAGGUUUCUCUGUAUGUCGUCUGCAGACCGCCGAAAUGCACCCCUAGUUCUCCUUCUAUCCCUCGUAUCACCGACACCCACGCUGACAGCAUCAGUCUGGCCUGGUCGCGCCCUGUGGAGGACGGAGGCGCUGAUGUGAUGGGCUACAUCCUGGAGAUGCAGGAAGCCGGUGCAGAGGAAUGGAAGAAGGUCCACGAAAAGACCCUGCGUGCUGCAGAGCAUGUGGUGACUGGACUUUCUGCAGGCAAGAAAUACUGCUUCAGAGUGGCUGGCGUCAACAUUAACGGUACUGGAGACUUCAGUGAACCGUGUGCUGAGACGGAGCCAGUGGAGAGAAUCGAAACUCCUGACUUUGAGCUCCACGAUGACCUGAAGAAGACCAUCUGCCUGCGUGCCGGUGGAUCCCUCCGCCUGUUCGUGAACGUCACCGGUCGUCCCGCUCCUGCCAUCACUUGGAGCAAGCCUGGUGUCGACCUCCAUAACAGAGGCUUCAUUGAAGUCACCAAGUCAUCCACCCAACUCAUCAUCGACCGGGUCCACCGCUACGACGCUGGCAAAUACACGCUGGUGGCCGAGAAUUCUGCCGGAAAACAGGAAGUCAACAUUCUGGUCAAGGUCUACGAUACUCCUGGACCAACUGGAGCAAUCAAGCUCAAGGAGCUGACCAAGGAGUCUGCAACCAUUUCCUGGGAAGCCCCAACCGUGGACGGCGGUGCUCCAGUCAACAACUACAUCAUUGAGAGGCGCGAGGCGUCCAUGAGAGCCUACAAGACCGUCACCUCCAAGUGCAGUAAGACGUCUUACAAGAUUGACGGCCUGAUGGAGGGCAUGCUGUACUACUUCCGGGUCCUCCCUGAGAACAUCUAUGGUAUCGGCGAGCCCUGCGAGACUCCCGACGUCAUCCUGGUUUGCGAGGUGCCUCUGCCGCCACACAAGCUGGAGAUGAUCGACGUCACCAAGAGCACCGUCACGCUGGGCUGGGAGAAGCCCGAGCACGACGGUGGCAGCAGACUUACAGGCUACGUCAUUGAAGCCUGCAAGUUCGGCACCGACAAGUGGAUGAAGGUGGCCACACUGAAGAUCACCGACUUCGAGCACACCAUUGAGAAGCUGAACGAGGGCGAGCAGUACUUGUUCAGAAUCAAAGCAGUCAACAGCAGAGGAGUCAGCGAGCCCAAAGAGCUCGUUACUGCCAUCACUGUACUGGAACAGAGAGUGAUGCCUGUGGUGGACUUCUCCAGUAUUCCUCAGAAGGUGGUGAAUGUCCUGGCCGGAAAGACUCUGGAUUUGGACCUGCCCAUCGUCGGCAGGCCUCCUCCUGUCUGCUCCUGGUACUUCAGCGAUAAUAAGAUGAAAAACACAGACCGCAUCAAGAUCAAGAGUACUGGAAAGUUCUCCAAACUGACCGUGUCAGACACCACUAUUGACGACUCUGGUGACUACAGCCUGGAGGUGAAGAACACCAUCGGUGUAAUCACCGAGAUCAUCAAAGUCGUCAUCCUCUCUAAACCUGAUGAACCAAUGGGACCCAUCAGGUUUGAUGAGAUAGAUGCUACCACCGUCACCUGCAGCUGGGAUCCUCCAGCCAGAGAUGGCGGAGCUCCCAUCAGUGGCUAUGCGGUGGAGCAGCGUGAUGCUCACAGACCCGGCUGGGUGCCCGUCUGCGACUCUGUUAGCCGACCAACCUUCAAGUUUGAGAACCUCAUUGAGGGAGAUGAGUACGUCUUCCGUGCAGCUGCCAUUAAUAACUACGGCACCGGAGAGUUCCUGCAGUCUGAGAUUGUUACCUGCAAGAGCAUGACAAAUGUGCCUGGACCUCCUGGUCGUCCAACCAUCUUUGAUGUUUCUCGUGACGGCAUGACCGUGGCCUGGAACCCGCCAGAAGAAGACGGUGGCCUUGAGGUUUCUGGAUACAUUAUCGAGCGUAAAGAAGUCAGGUCUGACAGAUGGGUGCGUGCCAACAAGAAUCCCAUCACCAUGACCAGAUACAGGUCGACAGAUCUGAUCGAGGGCCUGGAGUAUGAACACAGAAUCACUGCCAUCAAUGCCAGAGGAAUGAGCAAACCAAGUCUGCUGUCCAAACCUGCGGUGGCAACAGAUCCCAUCGAUCCACCUGGCUGUCCUCAGAACCCGAGGAUCACCGAUACCACAAAAUCCUCUGUGUCGCUGGCUUGGAGUCCUCCCGACGAGGAGGGAGACGCAAGGGUGGAUGGCUACCUGAUAGAAAUGCAGAAGGUGGGCACCAUGGCCUGGAUCAAGUGCAACACCACACCAUCUCUGAUCUGCGAGUAUACGCUGACCAAAAUGCCACAAGGAGAGGAGUUCAAAUUCCGUGUGAUGGCCUGCAAUGCCGGCGGCUCCGGAGAGCCUGCUGAAGUGCCUGGAACUGUCAGUGUGACUGAGAUGCUUGAACCUCCUGACUAUGAACUGGAGCUGAAAUACAAAGACGUGUACGUGGUACGCCAAGGAGGCGUGGUUAGACUCUCCUUGCCCAUCAAGGGUAAACCUCACCCAACCUGCACGUGGUCGAAGGACACCGGUGCAAUCUCCACCGUGGCCAUGAUCGCCUCCACGGAGGACGCCAGCGAGUUGGUGAUCAAAGGAGCCGAGAGAAGUGACUCUGGAGUGUACGACCUCCUGCUGGAGAACAGGGUUGGCAAGAAGAAGGCCCAGAUCAAGGUGAAGGUCAUCGGCCGCCCAAGCGCUCCAGAAGGACCACUGGUCUUUGAGGAGAUCCAGGCCAACUCUGUCAAGGUGUCCUGGAAGGUGCCCACAGAUGACGGUGGCUCGGAGAUCCUGGGUUACAUCGUAGAAAGACGCGAGGCGGCCAGAAACGCCUGGUACACCGUGGAUUCGAGAGUGACGGACACUCAGCUGCUUGUCAAGGGCCUGAGGGAGGGAACAGAGUACCACUUCAAGGUCACCGCUGAAAACUCCUUCGGUAUCAGCGCCUCUCUGAAAUCAGAGCAGCCACUGGUGCCGAAGACUCCUCUCUGUCCCCCUGAGCCUUCAAGCACCCCACCAGAGAUCAUGGAUGUCACCAAGAGCUCCGUGGCAUUGGCCUGGUCCAGACCAAAGGACGACGGGGGUUCUACCAUCACCGGCUACUUUGUUGAGUACAAGCUGGUGUCCGCUGAGACGUGGUCCCGCUACCAGACCAAGAUUGCCUCCACCAUGUUUACUCUGCCUGGACUCACCCCUGACGCAGACUACCAGUUCCGCAUCGUUGCUGUCAACAGCAUUGGCGAGAGCGAGGCUGGUCCUGUGUCUGACCCGGUCACAUGCAAGGAUCCAUUCGACAAGCCAAGUCAACCAGGCGAGAUUGACACAGUGAACGUGACAAAGAGCGCCAUCGCCAUACGCUGGCAAGCUCCAGAGUGCGAUGGUGGAAAGCCGGUCCUGGGCUACUGGGUGGAGUACAGGAAGUCCAUCGAGAGCACCUGGAAGAAGUCCAACAAACAGAGACUGAAGGAAAAGACGUUUACCAUGCCUGGCCUGGCAGAGGCCACCGAGUACGAGUUCAGAGUGUUUGCUGAGAAUGAGACUGGUAUGAGUCGACCUCGUAGGACCGCCACGUGCAUCAGGACCAAACUGAGUGUUGAAACUGAACCAGGCCUGAGAAAGGAAAUGGAUGAAGUAACUGCCAAGCUUGGCCAGCCUGCUGUAAUGAAGUGCCAGAUUAUUGGUAGACCCAUCCCUGACAUCAAGUGGUAUCAUGCCGGCAAGGAGAUUGUUGAGUCUCGCAAGUACGAAAUGAGCUCUGAUGGCCGCAACCACUCCCUGUCCAUCAUGACGGAUCAACAGGAGGAUGAGGGAGAGUACACCUGCAAGGGAAUCAAUGACGCCGGAGAAGCAGAGACUACAGGCGUUCUGGUAUUGGAGGCCCCUGCGUCCUUCAAUCCAGACUACCCGCUGAAGGAAACCUACUACGCCAGCCUGGGAUCCACUCUGCGCAUCCAUGCUGUCUACAUUGGCCGUCCUGAGCCAAAGAUCAUGUGGCUGCACGGGGCAAAGACCCUUGAAAACACAGAGGACCUCAGCAUUGAGACCACAGAGCACUACACACACCUGGUGAUAAAGAACGUGCAGCGCAGACUCAACGGAGGCAAAUACAGAAUCAGACUGCACAACCACUUCGGCAGGUCUGAAGCUGCAUUCAACGUUGAGAUUUAUGACAAACCUGAUAUGCCUCAGGGUCCGAUUGUGCUGGAAGCCCUCCUGAAGAACUCUGUCAUCAUCAGCUGGAAGGUUCCCAAAGAUGACGGAGGCUGCAUGAUCACCAACUACAUUGUGGAGAAGCGUGAGGACAAGGAGGGCACUGAGUGGGAACUGGUGUCAUCAUCCGUCAAUGGCACAUAUUGCCGUGUGCCCAACCUCAUUGACAGUGCCGGAUACUUCUUCCGUGUGUAUGCCCAGAAUCGCUAUGGCAACAGCGAACCACUGGAGCUCACUUCCCCUAUCCUUAUCAAGAGCCAACUGGAGAAACCAUCACCUCCUCUGUCGCCAGUUGUUUCUGGAAUCACCAAGGACUCCUGCGUGGUUUCCUGGAAGCCUCCACUCAGCGACGGUGGCUCCAAGAUCAAGUGCUAUUGCCUUGAGAAAAAGCAAAAGAAGGACAAGAAGGAAUGGGGUGAAUGGACUCCGGUGACCAAGGACGAGAUCAAACAGACGGUGUUCUCCGUCAAGCGUCUGACCGAGGGUCUUGAGUGUAUCUUCCGUGUGAAGUGCGAGAACCUCGGGGGACAGAGCGACUACAGCGAUGAGACGGCUCCCAUCAUUCCAGCCACAGCCGUCGAUAUCCGUGCUCCGGCCUUCAAGGAAGAACUGAGGAACAUGAGCGUCAAAUACAAGAGCAAUGCUACCCUGGUCUGCAAGAUCACAGGGCAGCCCAAGCCUGUGAUUAAAUGGUUCAGACGAGGAAAGGAAGUCCACUCUGAUGGAAAGAAGAUCAAGAUACAGGAAUUCAAGGGAGGUUACCACCAGCUGGUCAUCACCGAGGCUGAUGAGGAAGACUCCACUGUGUACCAGAUCAGGGCCACCAACCAAGGAGGCUCCAUCUGUGCGACCAUCUCUCUGGACGUUGAAAUCCCUGCCAAGAUCAACCUGCCAAAGAACCUGAAGGACAAGGAAGCCAUCCCUGCCCUGCGUGGAGAAGUAGUCAAUAUCAAGAUUCCGUUCAUCGGCAAACCAGAUCCUGUCAUCACAUGGCAGAAGGGACAAGAUCUUAUCGACAGCAAUGGCCACUACCAGGUCAUCGUCACUAGAUCGUUCACUUCUUUGGUGUUCACUAAUGGAGUGGAGAAGAAGGAUGCUGGUUUCUACAUCGUCUGUGCCAAAAACAGAUUUGGCAUCGAUCAGCAGACAGUUGAGCUGGAUGUAGCUGAUGUUCCUGAUCCUCCACGUGGUAUCAAAGCCACUGACGUCUCCCGAGACUCAGUCACACUGAACUGGGUGGCCCCAGCAAAUGAUGGAGGUAGCAGGGUCAUCAACUACAUCAUCGAGAAGUGCCCGACCACUGCUGAGAGGUGGGAGCGUGUUGUCCAGUCCCGUGACACCCACUACACCGUUACCAAUCUUUUCGGAGGAACCAGCUACCAGUUCAGAGUCAUCGCUGAGAACAAGUUUGGACAGAGUGCUCCAUCGGAGACCAGUGGACCUGUGAUGACUAAGGAGGACAAAUCAAGAGUUCUGCUCUAUGACAGGGAGGUUGACGAUACUGGACGUGUCCCCAAGGGCAAGGUUCACUCCGAAGCCAAGAAUAUGCACAACAAAUACGCCAUUGCAGAGGAAUUGGGCAGAGGUCAGUUUGGCAUUGUCCACCGCUGUGUUAGCAUCAGCUCUGAGAAGACCUACAUGGCUAAAUAUGUCAAGGUGAGAGGCGCUGAUCAAGCAAUAAUCAAGAAGGAAAUUGCGACACUGAAUCUCGCCAAACAUACCAACUUCCUGCUCCUCCAUGAGUCUUUCGACAGCCCAGAGGAGUUGGUGAUGAUUUAUGACUUUAUCUCUGGCUCUGACAUCUUUGAGCGCCUCAGCACAGCCGAGUUUGAGCUCAAUGAGCAUGAGAUUGUCAACUACAUAAGGCAGAUCUGCUCGGCUCUUCAGUUCCUGCAUGAAGAGAGCUACGGACACUUUGAUAUCAGACCUGAGAACAUCGUGUACACAACUAGAACCAGCUCUAAUGUGAAGAUUAUUGAGUUGGGCCAGGCCAGACAUCUGACUCCUGGAGACCAAAUUAAGGUCCAGUACACCACUGCCGAGUAUGCUGCGCCUGAGAUCCACCAGUGUGAUAUGGUUAGCAGUGUCACAGACAUGUGGUCAGUUGGUGUCCUUGCCUAUGUCCUCCUCAGUGGAUUAAAUCCAUUCACUGCUGAAACCAACCAACAGAUGAUUGACAACAUCUCCAGUGCAGCUUACAGCUACGACGACGAGUCCUUCAAGCAGGUCAGCGUUGAGGCGUUAGACUUCACAGACCGCCUAAUGACAAAGGAACGUAAGCAUCGUAUGACUGCAGCUGAGGCUCUGGCACAUCCUUGGCUGACCAAGCCCGCAGAGGAGAUCAGCACCAGAGCGAUCCAAACCGGCAGGCAUAAGAGAUACUAUCAGGCAAUGGUAAAGAAAGAGUGGAAGACUGUUGUCUCCGCAGCUCGUGUGGCCAGCGGCGGCUCCAUCAGAUCCCAGCGUGGCGUCUUUGUCGCCAAGGUGAAGAUCGCUCCGUUUGAACACGGUCCUGUCGGAGGCCAAAUUGGCCACCAUGUGGUGAACGAGGGAGACAACGUGAAGUUCACCUGCAACAUUGAGAACUAUGACAGCACAACUGAGGUGACGUGGUACUGUGGCGUCAGGCAACUUGAAGCUGGUGACAAAUAUGAAAUUGAGUACGAAGAUGGCCUGGCUGUGAUCACCAUCAACAAGGUCACUAGAGCAGAUGACGGCACGUACAGAUGCAAGGUUGUGAACGAGUAUGGUGAGGACAGUGCCUAUGCAGAGCUGUUUAUCAAUGGUGUUAGAUCUUACCGCGACUUCUUCACCACUCGUGUGGUCAAGAAAACAAAGCGCAGAGUCGACACUGCCAGAAUGCUUCAGAAGCCACCAGAGUUCACCCUUCCUCUGACAAACCGUACAGCCUACAUUGGUGAGGAUGUGCGCUUUGGCGUAACCAUCACCGUUCACCCGGAGCCUCGUGUCGUUUGGCACAAAUCAGGACAGAAGCUCAUCCCUGGAUUUGACGACAAGAAAUACACCUUCAUCAGCGACAAGGGCCUGUACCAGCUGAUUAUACACAAACUCGACGACGAUGAUGAUGCAGAGUACAGUGUUGUGGCCCGUAACAGGUACGGGGAUGACAGCUGCAAGGCUCGUCUUACUGUUGUUCCUCGACCUAAACCAGCAGACCUCACCCUGAGGCCCAUGUUCAAACGCCUGCUUGCAAAUGUCGAGUGCAGAGAGGGCCAGAACGUGCGCUUUGAGAUCAGAGUAUCCGGACAUCCAACACUGAAGUGGGAGAAGGAUGCCCAGCCUUUAGCCUUUGGACCAUCUAUUGAGGUGGUCCACGAGGGUCUGGAUUACUACAUCCUCCAUGUGAGAGACACUCUGCCUGAGGACUCUGGUAUAUACAGAGUUACUGCCACCAACUCUGCUGGAUCUGCCAGUUGCCAGGCCAUGCUCAAAGUAGAACGUUCCACUCAUGUAAAGAAGGAAUAUGAACCGAGCGAAAAGGAGAAGAAAGAGAUAGCUGGAAAGGAGGAAAUGGACAAGAAGGUGAGGCUGUCUCAAAUUAUGGCCGACACUGUGUUUACACCUCUACCACCCCUAGCAAUCCAAGCUGUCAGGGAGGCAGCCACCAUGUUCAAACCUGCUGUGACGACUAAGAAGGGUGAGAAGACUGAGGCUGAGAUUCAGAAAGAAAAGGAGGAGAGGAAGAAGCGCGCGGAUGAGAAGAGGCUGCGUAUGCCCUACGACGUCCCCGCUCCUCGUGUCACUAACCAAGCUGCUCUUGAAGAGGACCCGGAAAUUAAACACUUCCAGCCGCUCUCUGACAUGAAAUGGUACAAAGUCCUGCGGGAUCAGUACGAGUUCCCUGAGCCUAUGGAUAAAAUCAAGCAGAAGAGGAUGAAACGUAUUCGCCUCUCCAGAUGGGAGCAGUUCUAUGAGGUGCCAAUCAGGAUCAAGGACCAGUACAAGCCUAAGUGGAACAUCCCAACCAUGACUCAGGAUGACUUGGAGACUGUGAGGCCUGCAAGGCACCGCACACCUUCCCCUGAGAUGGAGGCCUACCACAGGAUCAGGAGGAGGUCCUUGGGUGAUCUGUCAGACGAGGAGCUCCUGCUGCCUGUGAAUCAGUACCUGUCUAUGAAGAGAACAGAGGAGGAAAGGCUUCGUCUGGAGGAAGAGCUGGAGCUUGGUUACUCUGCUUCUCCACCAAGCCUCAGCCCAGUUCGCUUCGAACUGUCUGCCCUGCGUCCCUCAUCUCCCAAAAGAGUCUACACUGACGACGAAGAGGGAGAAGAAAUCCGCAGAUACGACUCCUACCGAAUUCCAUCUAAAUACGAGGCUGGCCCGAGUUUCGUUGACCUCCGCCAGCGUCACGACAAAGCCACAUACAAAGCCCCGAGACAGAAGCAGAGGGUGUACGAAGAGAAAGAAGAUCACGAGCUGCUGCGCCCACACACAACUGUUCAGAGAAUGUCCACUUACAAGAGUGAACUCAAGCGCAUGGAGUUUGAGGAGAAGACUCGAGUCUCCAAAAGGGAAACAACUGUCUCUGUUGCAACAGUUUCUGAGAGCGUUGAGUCUGAGCACCUGACUGCUUUCUCCUCAGAAUAUAUUCCUAAACCGAUCAAGAAGCUCCCAACGUCUGAACCUUUGAGGAGAUCUACCCCAGAAAGAGCUGCCAAGACUGAAGUGACCUUCUCUAAAGUUGACUUUGCUUCCAGGUAUGAGGAGAGAAAGCAAGCUCUGAGAUCAGAGAGAAGAUCAAUGGAGAGGAAGACCGAGGUGGUGACACAGGCUCCCUUCAGCCUUGACCACACCCCACGUAUUACCAUCAGGAUGCGAUCUCACCGCGUACCAUAUGGCUGCACCACAAAGUUCACCAUGAAUGUCCAGGCCAAACCUGAGCCUGAGGUCAAAUGGUUCCACAAUGGAAAAGAAAUUUCUCAGACGAGCAAAUACUACAUGACCAACAUCAGUGGAGUUCUUACUCUCAAGAUCACCAACUGUGUGACGGAAGAUUCUGGCACUUACCGCGUGGUCUGCAAGAACGCCAAAGGAGAGACUUCUGACUAUGCCACAUUGGAUGUAGCAGGAGAAGAAUUUGCUGCCUACUCCUCACUCCGCAAAGAUGAGGAGCCUCCAUCUGCCCAGCUGCCAGAAAUGACAAAAACAGAGGUGUAUCACGUCUCCUCCUCUAGAACAACAGUACAGGAAAGUGUGACUGAAACUGUGAGAGAGACCACCAUUGUUUCUGAGAAGAAAAAGGAGAAGCAAAGUGUUCCUGCCAAGAUCCUGACCAAACCAAUGUCCCUGACUGUAGAGGAGGGAGACAACGCCAGGUUUGAGUGUGAUGUGGAUGGCGAACCGUCGCCUUCUGUGACAUGGCUGCGUGAAGGACAAGCUAUUGGUUCCUCUGCCCGUUACCACAUCGUCUCUACUCAGUACAACUCCUCCUUCGAGAUCUCUGCUGUUGAGAUGUCGGAUGGAGGCAGCUACACUCUGCGGGUAGAAAACGCUGGAGGCAAACAAGAAGCCCACUUCACCCUGACAAUUCGCAAGUCUGAGUCCAAGGAGAAAGUAGUCACCAGAAUCACCUCCCCAGAGGCCAAGUCACCUGAGCCAGUCAAAUCUCCUCAGAGAGUCAAGUCCCCUGAGCCAAUCAAGUCACCUCAGGGAAUCAAGUCCCCUGAGCCAAUCAAAUCUCCUCAGAGAGUCAAGUCCCCUGAGCCAAUCAAGUCACCUCAGGGAAUCAAGUCCCCUGAGCCAAUCAAGUCACCUCAGAGAGUCAAGUCCCCUGAGCCAAUCAAGUCACCUCAGAGAGUAAAGUCUCCUGUCUCGCCAAAAUCCCCAACACCAAAGUCCCCUACUCCCAAAUCCCCAACUCCAUCUGCGAAAGAAUUAUAGAAAGUAGAGUCGACAACCUGCACAGUUACUGUACAAGGCUCCAAAACAAAGGCUGAACUGACUCUGAGGGCCAACAUCUCUGAGGCUUCUUGAUGAAGGAGGGCGCCGGCAGAGCGUACACCCUCCGACUGUCCACCGACUCUGCAACUGUCAACGUUCACAUUUGCUCCAUGUAAAAAAAAAAAAAAGUUAAUUUAUAUCCCCGUUUCCCUCUUCCAGAAACUUUUAUUUAGUGAAUUAGCAACGAUAAUCUUACGUGAUAAAGAUCUGGAUUUCUGUUCUUGUAAAUAUGAACUAUUUUUGUACCAAACUUGACAUUAAUUUAUGCCAAACUAGACUAAAGUCUAAAGUUGUUAUAAAAUGUGCCAUAUUGGACAAUUAUGACCAGACCCAAACGGAAUCUGCGGAUUUAUUUUUUUUACAGUUUCCAGCAGUGAUUCAGAAUGAAAAUCUGCGGAAUUUAGCUGACUGUUUUUCUGCUUAAAGUGAAGAUGUGUUACCAUUCUGAGUUUUAUUUAAAAUUUUGUUUAAAUUUGUCUAAAAUCUGCAGAAAAUUCUGCAUCCACAGAUUCCGUGUGGCCCUGAUUAUGACUUAGGAUUUUUGAACCACUUUUCUGUGACAUGUACAUAAUGUAUAUAGCCGAAUUUAACGGUUAUGGGAAAUGUAUGCAUUGUUAUUUAUGACAAGAAUAUUAACUGAAACAAAAUAACAAUUAUUUUAACAGGAGAAAGUUUCACCAGGAACGAAUACCCUGUCGAACCGAGAAACUAAACUCUGUGCCUCAACGAAAAGUUGAAGUCUUAAGAUUGCCUCAGCAGGUAGAGAGGCUCCCUGUUGACGUUACGAAACAGAAAGACAAAUUAUUGUUUUGGACACGCGUCUGCGUGCGAUAAUACAGUUUCCUAUGAGUUGUACCGUGAGCGUAAGACCCUGAGUGCUGUUUGCAUAACCCUCAUGUAAGCAGCAUGAACUGGCCUUGUGCUCAGACCGACUGCGUCGUACCACCACGAUUUAAAGACCAGCGCAGAGUGCUAGCGGCCUGCACUCUCAGCGUUUAGAUCAUUUUAUUUUAAAAAAGAGCGCUGUUUCUGCACAGGAUGGCCGUGCCGGCUUUCUAAAAACGUAACAUCUCCUGGCAAUGAAUAAAGAGGAAGCCGCCGCCGUCUCUCCUGUGCAGGCGCAGCGCAGUCUCUCGGAGGAUAGCUAGCUAACGUGUUUGUGUGUUGGAGUGUUUUUAGUUUUUAGUAAUUUCACUUUGUCAUUAUCAGGGUCUUCUUCAUUCUCCACAGAGACUCCAUCUCCUGUGAGAGAGGAAAGAACAUUCAUGUUUUACCCUGCACUUUGAUUUAAUUGAUCUGUUGAUGUAGAACGAUAUUUCAUCCUCCUUGAGUUUUAUGCAUUUCUGAUUUAAUAAAGCAUGAUUUCAGCACGACA